AUGGAAUCUUUAUUCUCCUUGAUAUCAUUGAAUAAAUAUUAAUUAUUGUCUAAAUACAGGGGAUUUAUUUAUAAGUAUGAUUAUGAUUGCAGCUUGAUUCUGCCUUUGUUUGGGGUUGUACAUGUCCUCUAAAUCCCUCCCCACUCCCUUCUUUCAUUCGGUACUCUGGGGCAAGAGGACAGUAAUCCAGGUGAUAUGUUAAGCAAGACAUGUUGUUCUGGAUUAAUUCAGAAUGAAAAGGAGCUGUUAUUCAAGAUGAAUGAUGUCCCUAUGACUAAAAGGGAAGGGCACCAACACGUAAUUUAUCACAACACUAACUCCACUUUUUUUUAAAUGCCAGGAAACUUUGCUGUUGAGAAGCCCUGCCGGGGAGGACUGCACACUUCACUUUCCGGAGGGACAGCGGUUUGUUGCAGCAAAAACAACAGAGUCUCGUGGCACUUUAAAAGAUCAACGAACUUAUUCUGGCAUUAGCUCAGAAGCCACCUCAUCAGAUGUGUGAAGUGUUACCCAGAGUCACAGGUUGUAUAUACAAAUGGUGAAGGGAUUCUGAACUGCGAGGUCAGACGAAAAUGAAAUGCGGCAAGUACAGAAGGGAAUCUAACACUGGCGAUUGGGUAAACCGUUGUUGAUGAUAAAUCAGGCAUCCUGGCACUGGAUGAGCUAAUGAAUAAAUAAAGUGUGUGUGCACGUGACUGAACUUUAUCCUGACUCAAGUCACAGUUGUUAUCGCAGAACCUCUCAAAGAACUGCAAUUCGGCGCUUUCAGGUCGCAGUUUCCCUUCUCAAUUCCUUCGUUCAAGAGGUCAGUUUCAAGAAGCACACACCAUGCAUUGUGUUAAGUUGUGGGUGAACAUGUCAGACAACACAGCGAUUCUUCAAACAGCUCUUGUUUAUUCACAGGCCAGAACAGAACUGAAGGGUUCAGCCAGCUUGCUUAUAUAGAGCUCCACUAGAACACAACAGUAACCAUUUUCUGUAACUAUCCAAUCACUGAACCUCACUUUCAAACCCUUAUUUGCAUAUGUGGACCUGAGUGAAAACUAUCCGCAGUAACCCCCUGCUGGCCCAGGGUGAGAACUUCAGUGCAUAACACCUUGAAAGGACAGCACUUCCCCCAAAGAACUCCGGGAACUGUAGUUGGCCAAGGGUGGCCGGGAGAUGUAGCGCUUUGAGGGAGAAACUACAGUUCCCAGGAUUCUUUGUGCGUGUGUGUGUUGGGGGGGGGAUGUGGCACAUUUCGCGCCCUUUCUUGACAUGCGGCUGACUUCUAGUUACACCGCCGCGAGAUGGCGGCACUUCCACAAGCCGGAUGAAACUCCUUUGUUCGGCGCCGCCGCCGCCGGCCACGGGGCGGGGCUUGGGCCGCCCUACCUGUGCGCCACGAUUUGAUUUUGCAAUGCCGGCAUGCCCAGUGGGUGUAGCAUCUUCACUUCUGCUCUUAUAUAAUGCGGCUGCUUCUCCUCGGGGCCAGUGACAGCAGCACCUUCCCCGCCAGCACUCGGCCGCCCUGAAGCCCUCAGCCGGGCCAAAGUAGUUCCUCGGGCGGACCUCUCAGAAAGAAGCCGAGCACUUGCUCCGGGGUGGGACUUUGGGCCAGGAAGUGCUCGUGAAACGCCCCCGCUCCCAGGGGCUGCCAGGGGCCGGCUUCCUCUCCAGCUGCGGGGCGGCGGCGGCUCGGCAAAAGGAGACUCCCCCCUCCGUUUCCCGGUACCUGCCGCCCGACGCCUCCGCAGGGGCCGCGAUGGCUUCAGGUAGGACGACACCUUCGCCGUGGCAAACCGAGGGCUUUUCCGCGCCGCCCUCAAAGGACCUCGGGUCCGCGAACUGCUGCCCCGCAGACCCUCCUCCUUCCUUACCGCGCAGCCCGAAACUUCAUCGGGCCAUGCCUGAAAGAAAGCGGGAGCGGAGGGUGAAGGCGGCCGGAGCCAGAGGAGCUCCGGGGGGCGCCCGUGCCCCACCAGUUACCCAGCCCAGUAACGCGGGCGGCUGGGUGUGGGAGGAGGUUCAGAUCUCCAGGGCGGAGCCGGUUCCAGGCGAAAGAGCUGGAAAGUUUUGUGUGUGUAAAAAGCGGAUGUAGCGAGCCGAAGUCUUUCCUAGCAGAUCUCUUGCGCAAGGGCAGACGUUUAAAGGCGCCUUGGAAGCAGGGUCGCUUGGCCAGAGUUUGGGGUGAAGGCGACGGCUACCGUCCGUUGCGCUCGCGGGGGAAUAAUCGUAGUUACCCGGGAACUCGCUUCAAGUUCAAGGGCUGCUCCGCCGCCAUUUCCCUCCUGUAGCCGACUUCCCUUCCCUUCCCCCAAGCCGGCCUCUCUCGAGUGCAGCCAGGUUAGCUGCUGGGCUCCACAGAAAAAUGCAAGAUGUCCCCUCGAGCCAAGUUUCCCCCGCUGACCCCCUAAGUGGCACUUGCGCAACGGGCUGGUUAUGCAAACUCGCCCCCCCACCCCCACCCCCGGGCAGGGAAACCGGCUGCGAUUGGCGCUCCUCGCAUGCCGCUUCCAUGCCUGCAGCGGAUCAGGGCCGGGGAGCUCUGCCGAGGAUGCCGCGCCUCGGCUGCAGCAAGCGCCGCCUCCGCCCGCCGAGCUCGGUGCGGAGGGCGGCGCUCAGCAUCUUCGCAGGAGCCGCCGAGCCCGGCAGGCCUCGGAGGGGGAGGAGCCAAGCGUUUCGGAAUCUGGUCCAUUGUGCCAAGUUGGCCUGUGUUUAAAUGCGAAGGGGGGCUGUCUGCGCUCCCUGCCCUGCCACCGCCGUUUGCUUGGGCCGACGGCGUGGUCGAGGCUGCUUCUUGAGGCAGACAGCUUCCGGUAGAAGCGAACUCCUGGAAAAGGGGUCUGGCUGGUUGCCUGUUGCGGAGGGAGAGGACCCGAGAGCCUAUUAUAGUGCACAAGCUAGCUCGAGAGACACUUGCAUGUCAAAUCCGUUGAUUUCCAUCAGUAUCUUUCAAUACAUUUCUGUGGUCUUGUGGGAUCCAGUCGCCUCGGUUUAACCCGAUUGUGUUGCCGACUUUACAUUUCAUUUAACCCUUUGGCGUUUUCUUCGAAACCCAGGAAGAAGGCCGCAAUUGCUUUUGCCCCUUGGGAACAGCAAGCCCGGUAGUGUCUAGAAUCCCGUUUCUGCCAUCGGGCUGAUAAGAUCAGGAUCAAGAAGGGGCGUAUGUUCGAAAUCGCGUUAACACACCUCACUUUUAACAAUCGGAUGACUAACCGAUGGUGAUAUCGCCCCCUCUGUAAUGCAAACUGUACUUCCAGGUAGGAGGGUGCUAGUGAGGAAUGGAACCCGGGGUGGUAGUUAUUCUGGAUUAAUUAUUUCUCGUGGGGCGUGAUCUCGUGCGUGUGGCCUUCACGGUGCAAGGAGCCCAAACGCCCCGCACUAGAGGCGGGGUUUGUGAGCCUGAGACUGAAGCAAGGUGGGGGGAGGGCAGCGGUCUGGGCUGCCUGCAAGGAAACCAGCCGAUCCAGGGAUCCCCUGGUGCCUGUUCCCUCGGAAGCAAAUCCCCCCGAUUCCAAUGAGACCGACCCCCAAGUAACAGCGGACAGGGAUCGCAGGCCUUGCCUUUCAUUCAGCACCCCCACUGACGAAUCGGGGAGCAGACAAGGUGCGCUCUAGCGCAGGAUCCGACCUCGAUCCUCGGCUUAGGAAGGCGCGGGGGGGGGGUCUUUGUCCACCCCUGGUCUGGGAGGACCACACUCCAUCCAUCAGCGGCAAGAGGCGUGGCCUAGCUUAGUCCCCGCCUCUUUCUUGAGUACGGCAGCAGCGCCGGUUCCGAGACUUCGGUGGAGCUUCCAGGAGGCAGCAAAAAUGUCAUCUGGCGCUGGGCCCCCCAAGAGCGGAUCCCCGCUGAGGAAGCGGGCCAGUCUUCAGGCUCCCAUCACAGGAGGUGAGCAGGGCGUGGUACUGUCUCCUUAGCCACUAGAUGCUGCUAUCAAAAGAGAGAGAAGCUGGGAAAAUAGCAGUCCUGGAAUGGAAACGACCCCUUUUCCUUCCGAGUCCAGCCCCCAUUCCUUCACUCUAUACUGUUUUUCGGUUAUGUGUUUUUUCAUCUUUAAGCAGACGAUUGCUCCUUUAGGCUGUUUGUUGACCAUGAUAGGGAGACAAGAGCAUCAUCCUGUGCUUUUUUUGCUCAGAAACAAGUCCCGCUAAGCAUGCAUAGGAUUGUGUGAGAAUUCAGGGACCAGAGAGGCAUGAAGAGUACACGCGUUUUGAGGCAUAAAAUGGCAAAUCUUUCAAAGAGCUUCAGCAUCCAUGUGCCACCCUUCCUGUGUGUUGUGGAGCCCCGUUCUAUUGAGUGGAGCAGAAAUUUGGAUAUCCAAAUGCUUGGUUGUUGGAUUAGGGAGGAGGAACAUCUUUGACUAUCUGUACAGUGGAGACUAGAGGUGUUAGAAUGCUGGAUUUAAAGCUGUUGUUGAUUAGGAUAAUAUACUCUGUGUUUGUUUGUUUGUUGGGUUUGGGUGUUUUGUUUUUGUUAUUCUGUAUACAAGCCUUUGGAAGGCAGCAAUACUUGGGAUUCCUUCUGAUUAUGUCUUAGAUUUUUUAUUACAACUGACAUGCUAGCUGGGGGAAAGGCAUUUAGAUCUGCCCCCUUCCCACCAGAUGUGCCAGCUAAGGGGAGGAUGUUUAGAUUGCCCACAAAAAACAUAGUAAGAACUGUGAAUUUCCUGUGUAAUACAGCACAUCUGAAAGAUAUCUUGCCUCACCUUUUCUAGUUCCUUAGAUUCAGGCUUACUUUUAAUCACAGCUUGCCAGAAAUUUGGUGUGGUGUGGUGUGGUGAAUGCAAAAUAGUAAUGCUCAAUUUUCUUCUGAGCAUGUGCAGAGAGCAUGCCAUUUCUAGUGAGCCACCUCCAGCCAGCUGGAACAUGGAGUAUGGCUAGGUAUGUGUAAACCCUGGAUCCCCUUUUCUGAGAAGUUCAGCACUGUCUGUACUUUUCCUUUCUUGGCUUCUACCUUGUUGCUUAAUUUGAGGUAAGUGGGCCAGUAUCUGCAGUGCUUUACAGGUUAUUUGUGAGAACUGGAAAGAAGGAGAGAAGGUAUAUUCCCAAGUUUGACAGUUUUACUUUGAGUAUUUUACCUCUUGGGUUAGAUAUGUCUUUUGUAGGAAGCAUGGGAGUCUUUGCGCAUAAAAAGCACACCCUCCUUCAUGUGGGAGUACAUCUGCAGUGUGUGGGUAUGUAGGAACUGCAACUGCAGGAUAGGGUACGUGGCAUUCGCUCCUACUGAAGCAGGCUGCUGCUCCAUAUGGCUGUCUUUCUUGUAUCCUUAUGAGCUCCUGGGCUCUCUUCAUUUGGAGCUAUGAGUGCCCAGGAGCUGAUAUAGAACAUACAUAUAGUGUAGCUGUCCAAUAUGUGCAUACAGAUUGCUGUUGAUGGGUUAGAUAAGCUUGUGAUGUGCAUAUGCAUGGAGGUAUAUAUUUUUGAGAAUGGGAAUCAUGUUAAUGAUAAGGUGCCUGAAUUGAAUGGCUGCUUGUUGAUAAAAGAAAUAUUUACACAUUGUUUCCCUCCUUUUGUUUGUUUGUUUUAUAUUCCUAAAAUGUCUACCAUCUAGAUUGCCUAGGCCUGGAAACAUUGGACACUUUGGAAUUAUUGCAGGCAUUUCAUAGUCUUUCCUUUAUUUAGACUGGAGACGAGGGUCGUGAAUGGGGUUUUCGCCUCAAAAAACUAUACAGUAAUGCUUUCCUUAAAACACAGGAUUCCUAGUAGCCCGAGUCUUAAUUCUUCCUGAACUGCAUUCUGAGGACUCUUUUUUCUUUUACUGGCCCUUGACUGAGCAUUUGUGGCCACUAACAUAAUAAUUAAUAAUGCUGUUCUAGGCUUUUCCUUUUAUUCCCCACUUGCUUCUCACCAUGAGGUUUUGGGUACCCAAGCACAUAAUGAAAAUAGCAAGAGCUUCCAUUGGGGAGCACUUGCUUUGCAUGUAGAAAGUCCCAGGUUCAAUCCCCAGCAUCCCCUGUUAAAGCUGGGAAAGACUGUUAGUCUGAAACCCUGGGGAGCUGCCAGUCAGUGUUGACAGUAUUGAGCUAGAUGGACCAAUGUUCUGACUUGGUGUAAGGCAGUUUCCGAUGUUCCUUGGGUUUGCCUUCUAUCCCUUCCUGUAGUAAAUGGACAGGAUUCUCUUAUCCCGAUUCUAUAGAAUUCCUCUGGAAUGUUAAGAAGACAGACUAGCCUGGAGAGCUAUCCAUCCCAGUGUUGCAGCUGAGGUGGCUUCAUCCAUUCUCCAUCAGACGCUGCUGCUAUUGCUACUGAAAGGAGGACAGAUCUAGGAUUUGUUUUUAAGAAAAUCUUUGUAGCUUGCCUUUGCUGUAUAUUAAUUAAGAAAACUCCCGAUAUAUCAUACACCAGCACAUGAGGGAGUAAGCUUUGGUGUCUUCCUUUCACUGCUUAUGUGAUGGUGACAUUAACAAUCUGAGUUAUCCCACAUAUAAAUGUAAGAAGAGGGUGCUCAUCUAGUCCAGCAUCCUGUUCUCACAGCGGCCAACCAGAUGCUUAUGGGAAGCCAACAAGCAGGACCUGAGUGUAACAGCACUCUCCCCUAUUGUCAGUUCCCACAACUGGUAUUCUGAGGCAUGUUGCCUCUGCUAGCAGAAGUGGAACAUACCCCUGAUGGCUAGUAGCCAUUGAUAGCCUUCUCCUCCAUGAAGUUGUCUAACCAUUUUUUGAAAAACAUCUGUAGUCAGAAGUGUGUUGGGACUGGCUUCUGUCACAUCGUUCUCUGUACGGUGCAGAUAGUUUUUAAGGUAAAGGGACCCCUGACCAUUAGGUCCAGUCGUGGCUGACUCUGGGGUUGCGGCGCUCAUCUCGCUUUAUUGGCCGAGGGAGCCGGUGUACAGCUUCCGGGUCAUGUGGCCAGCAUGACUAAGCCGCUUCUGGCAAACCAGAGCAGUGCACGGAGCGGUACCUAUUUAUCUACUUGCACUUUGUUGUGCUUUCGAACUGCUAGGUUGGCAGGAGCAGGGGCCAAGCAACGGGAGCUCACGCCAUUGCGGGGAUUCGAACCGCCAACCUUCUGAUCGGCAAGCCCUAGGCUCUGUGGUUUAACCCACAGCGCCACCCGCGUCCCUGCCGAUAGUUUUUAAGCUGACACAAAACACUUCAUUACAUUACACCAGACUGUCUGAGUGCAAAUCAAAUGAUUUUGCCGGUGCUCUUCAGAGUGAGAUAGUCAUUGCAUCUUUUUCUGCCCUACCUUUGUUUCAAGGGGUGUGGGGGGGGGCAGAAUCUCUAGGCCCUUUGAGCAUUUGUGGAAGUAAGCUCUGAAAGAAACAGCAUGCUUCUUCCUAUGUUCUCUAGUACUUGAGAGAAUAUCAUUAUUACCACAUUGCAACUGGAAGUAAAAUACUUCUGCACAGCCAAGACCAUUGUUAAGUGACAGCGAGGCGUGCCUGGCUGCUUAGGGUGUCACAUUUUAAAAACAGCUCGCAAAAUGCCAGACGUGAUUUCAGUUAUUUUCUCAUCUGUAAUGGUACCCUUACAAUUCCAGUUUCGCCCCCUCCUCAUAGGAGGAAUAAUGGCAGGGCUGUGUAUGGUGUUGUGCACGUCUAUAAAAUUGUCACACAAGCACAAGAUCUGAUAGAAGGUGCAAAUCCUGAUUUGCUGAUGACCUUAGUUUUCACUUUAAUUUUUUUAAAAGCCUGUUUUUUUAGCCUAGGCCUGGAGACAUUCCAGAUGUUGCUGGACUACAGCUCCUGUCAUCCCUGGGUCUGACAGCUGUCAAGGCCAAAUGGAAUGGUGGGAGAUGGAGUCUAGCAACAUCUGGAGCGUCACAGGGUCCCUAUUCCUGCUUCAGGAUUUCCAGUUUCAAGGAGUUGGUACUUUAGUGCCCUAAACAGCUUUGCAUCAUUUCCUCCUUAUUUUGUUUCAAUACCCUUCAUUUCUCACAGCAUUUGUCCCCCCAUCAGUCUUCAGAAACAUCAUUUUGGGAUUCAGACCACAGUGUUCAAACUGAGCAAAACGGUUCACAUUUCCAUAUAUUUUAAUUGCAGCAGUUGGCUUUCCUAGGUUAUUUUAGUGUAGAAUUUGGAAUCUUUUAAAAAAAACCAACAGAAGUGCAUACAGCCCUUGGACGUAACUGUGUAGUAAAGUCUGUACAGCACAACUGCUGUCCCUGUCCCCAUGCUCAAUCUUUUUUAUCCAUCAGUGAAACUUAAUUGCAUUCACUUUGGAGCAAUUUGGGAAUUGUCCUGUCCUUGACUUGUCCAGGAUCACAUAGAAACAGGGCAUGGCAAAGGUUUGCAUUCAAAUCUGCUGAGUCUUUCACUCUAACCACUGCAGUCAGCUUUCCUUUGUUAAAUGACCCACCUUUGUCCCCUAAAGCUGUGAGGUAGUGGAGCCCUGUGCAUGUACGGGACAGAUGGUUUUGUUGUUGCUGUUCUCUUGUUUUCCUUACUGUAAUAAUAUUUGUUCUUUGGGAGGAAAGCAUGAAAUACAAGGAAAAUAAACUUACUACUGUUGUUGUUUUUUGAGAUACAUGUUAUUUUGAAAAGUAUAGGGAAUAUUGGAGAAACAGGAUGGAAGGGUUAUAGCUGCCCACAAAUAUAUAUAGCGAGAGAGAAAAAGAGAGAGCGUGUACUUAUAACCAGCAAAAUUAGAGCUUGAUAGAGAUCUCCUAGCCACUAUUUACCUUUAAGUCUAUGUAUCUGAGGCAACAGGGAAAUGUUAAAUAACAAACUGAUCAUGCCUCUUGCCUUAGUUUCCUUUGGGCAGGCAGAAUAUUUUGAGAAUCUCAUUUUUUUUUUUUUAAAAAAAUUUCAAAUAAUAUUGACUAGUCCUCUUGGGAGAAAAUCCUGAGAACAUAAUCAUAUUUACUCUUGUGGUCCUCAUGGGAGUAAAAUUCCUAGAACAGGAUGAUCAUACUGUGUGACCUAAAAACAUUUCUCAAAAGCAAAUAUUACAGUCACAUAACAACCAGGGGAUGCUUCUUUAGCUAUGAAUCCUGGUGGUAAUAACCUCAGGCUAAACAGUGGAGAAGAGGACUGACGUGCAGAAGGUGAGAAUCUUCCCCAGGCUUCAAAUGAGAAGUGACUGCUAGAAAAGAUGAGAAAUAAGGUAAUGGGGAUGCAAGAGGAGAUGCCUUGGCAUAUUGAGGUCCAAGGGCAGACCAAGGAAGGAUUUGGGUGUUCCAAGCAUGGGAUUGUGAGUGGUGGUAUAGCAGUCAAAGGCAGGAAAUGGAGGGAAAUGUGUGUUUUAAAAGAACAUUUCAUGCCAUGUGGAGGGAUCUGGGAAGUGUGGGAUCCUCUUUCAGCUUAUUUAUGUGUGUGAGAGAGAGCAUUUCAAAAUUACUCUAUUGCUAAAUCUGCAGUAAAAGGAUGGCAAUGCUGCUUUUGUUUUCUUUAGAAAUCUUACAGCGCAGUUCUGUUGUGCAGCAACGUUAAGUUGAAUUCUAACCUUUUGUGAGUGAAUUUCCUGAUGUUUCCUCCACCCGUUUUUGUCUUUUUAAAAUUUAUUUAAAACUGUUUUAAGCUGCCUUUCCAUAACUCACAAGCAGCUCACAGCGAAUAUUAAAAUAUAGUAAAAAUGAGCAAAACAUUAUAAUAGUGAAGAACAGGGGUUGUAUAGAAAAAUAACAGUGAACUAUCUAUUGAAAUUAAAAACUAGGUAUUGCCUUGGCACCAGUGCUUUUUCAAAUAGAAAAACAGGUGCUGGUAGUCACCAUGAAGUUGUUACAGUAAGUGCCACACUUUUAACAUUUGGGGGAUAGGUGCUGGUUCUGCAUACCAUUGAGUACCCCAGAAAAAGCACUGCUUUGCACCCUUCCUAAAAGCCAGUAAAGAAGAGCGUUUUCUGCUGCAAUGGAGUAACAUGUGUAAAGCCCUUGACCUCUUGCUUUUAACCACAGUACAGAAAAUGGGGACUACUUAGAAGCAAAGCCACAUGGAGCAAGCCUAUAGUUGUUCAUUGUUUAGCAGGGUAUUUUAGUUAUUGUUGAGUCACUACUGGUCAGUUGAGUUUGUGCUCUCUAUUUUUAGUUCUGUAGCAGUUAAAAAGUGUCCCCCCCCCCCCGUCCAACUAAUUCAGGUAAAAAUAAAUAAAUGAAACUCGAGUAAUAAACCUAUAAAUAGUCAUGGAUACACAAUAGCCUGUGGUCUAAGCCAGAUGUUGAAGAGCUGCUGUUUGGAAGAAGAAUUCUCUCUAGGGUGUGGUGACAAAAACCACUGAACCAGCCUUGCAAAUAAGCCCACAAAAGUUACUAGCCUGCAAAAUGUUUCGAGCUUGCAGGUGGGAAUGAUGGAAAGCUCCCCUUCUUCUCCAGGAGCCCACUACAUUCCUAUGCUAAGUGUGGCAGAAUAUAGUGCAACUCCAGUGUGUGCCUCUUGUUAACUCUCCCUCUGUUACUCUCAGCAGAUGUACAAAGCAAAGCACAGUUUUCAAAGGGCGAUUUCCCAGUGAAAUGUUGGAAACUCCUGCAGAAUGUAAACCUUGUGUCAGUUGUGUGAUCUGAGAAAAUUGUCUUGAGCAGAAGAUUUUAAGAGGGAGGCAAAGAAUGCCAGAUCCUUUUGAUUAAAAUCAGAAUUAUAUUUCCAGAGGUCUAGGCUGCCUGCCCUCUUUUUGUAUGCAUGACUGCAACCCUCUUUAGGCUGCUGCCAUAGGGUUUAGCUAUCUAGCCCAGGGGUCAGCAACCUUUUUCAGCCAUGGGCCGGUCCACCGUCCCUCAGACCAUGUAGUGCACUGGACUAUAUUUGGGGGUGGGGGAAAUGAACAAAUUCCUAUGCCCCAAAAAUAACCCAGAGAUGCAUUUUAAAUAAAGGUACACAUUCUACUCAUGUAAAAACAUUCUGAUUCCCAGACCAUUCUGCGGGCCGGAUUUAGAAGGCGAUUGGGCCACAUCCGGCCCCCAGGCCUUAGGUUGCCUACCCCUGAUCUAGCCUAACCACCUGCUUGAUGCAGGAAGUCCAAAGCUAUAGUAUUUCCAACAGAAGAGAAAACCUAGACUUACUGAAAUAGGGUUACUAGGGAGUAGCAUCCAUAUAAAAUAGUGAGCCUUACUUCUAAGUAAAUAUUUACAGUGGUACCUCGGGUUACAGACGCUUCAGGUUACAUACACUUCAGGUUACAGACUCCGCUAACCCAGAAAUAGUACCUCAGGUUAAGAACUUUGCUUCAGGAUGAGAACAGAAAUCGUGUUCUGGUGGCGUGACGGCAGCGGGAAGCCCCAUUAGCUGAAGUGGUGCUUCAGGUUAAGAACAGUUUCAGGUUAAGAACGGACCUCCAGAACAAAUUAAGUACUUAACCUGAGGUACCACUGUAUAGGCUUACACUGUUAUUGUCUUUUAUCCUGUGUGGGAUGUUUUUAUUUUCUCCCUGGUUGGUAUAAAAUUAUUUCCAUGACAACAGGCUAAAACUUUGCAGGCAGAGUUGAGGAUUGAAGCUGGGUCUCCUGUCCUAAGGCCACUCACAAGUCCACCUGAUAGACCAGCAGGAUCUUAGCUUUUUCUCUCCUCCACCAUCUUUAUUUACACCUAGAUAAUGACAGCCAUAUGCAUUCGCUGGAUUUGUGCUGUUCUAGUGCACAGAAGUGUUUUGCGAAUCUCACUGAAUACUCAGUACAGUACAGUGUUUUCUAUAGUAUUUUGAUUUUUGUUCUCCUUGGAUGAUAAGAACUAAUUGUUUACAUUUUGUUUACAUUCUGUCUUAGAUCUUGCUUAACUUUCAGUCAUAUUGCACAUAUGCUUCUUAUUUGCCGGCUGUGACUUUGUUGUCAAAUCAAAACCAAGUAAUAAUUCCAAAUUUUACUAAGCAACAACAACAACAACUGUGGAAAAGGCAUCAUUUAUGCAGCUUCCAUCAUUUCUCCGGGGAUUUAUUUUGUCAUCUGCACAAUGCAAGUAAUCCAGAAACAGGCGACUAAUGUUUGACAGAGGGAGUUAAAUGCCUCUUCCUCCUCCUCCUCCUCCUCCUCUUCCUCCUCCUCCUCCUCCUCCUCCCUGGCCCACAGACUUAUUAUUCAGUGUAUUUCUGUUGCUUCCAAGCAUCUGGCUCUAAGGCUGUUUUUGUCAAGCUGCUGAAAUUCAUCCAACAGCCAUUCCCACUCCAGUACAAAUACUAAGACUGAGUAUAAGGUCUGUGUAAAUAUAUCCCCAUGCUUCAUAUUUCUCUUAUCUGCCUCAUUUGCUUGCAACCCCAAUAACUGAUAUAUAUUAUUUAUUAUUGAAAAUACAGGUGUUUCUCACCUGUGGACAUAACAAUAUUGAUAGGAAAAAGGUAUUAGCCAUUCUAUUUUGAAAGGGAUUGAUGCCAGUCUUUAGGUGUCAAUCUCCUCAAAGGCUUGGCUGCUGAUCUGUAGUUCUCCACACACACCCCAUAUUCAUUUGAAAGAAAGCUAUAUACCUACAAAAAUAAGUAAAGGUAAAGGUACCCCUGCGCGUACGGGCCAGUCGUGUCUGACUCUAGGGUUGUGCGCCCAUCUCACUUAAGAGGCCGGGGGCCAGCGCUGUCUGGAGACACUUCCGGGUCACGUGGCCAGCGUGACGAAGCUGCUCUGGCGAGCCAGCACCAGCGCAGCACACGGAAACGCCGUUUACCUUCCCGCUAUAAAGCGGUACCUAUUUAUCUACUUGCACUUAGGGGUGCUUUCGAACUGCUAGGUGGGCAGGAGCUGGGACUGAAAGACGGGAGCUCACCCCACCGCGGGGAUUCAAACUGCCGACCAUGCGAUCGGCAAGCCCUAGGCAUUGAGGUUUUACCCACAGCGCCACCCGCGUCCACCCACUACAAAAAUAGUUUUAUUUUAUUUAGGAAAGCAAUACAAAACUGCUUAAUUAAGGAAAAUAUUUAAGCUGUGUAUAAUAAAAUAAUUGUCAACAAUACACCGAUAAGAGCAGCAUUUUUGUUUUUAUUUUAGAAACAAGUGCAUACACAACACUAUAUCUGGGUAGGCUUGCUGAAACAAAGAAACUAGCUGGUGUGUGAAAUGGUGUAGUGAGGGUGCCUACCUAAUGUCAAUAGGCAGGGAGUUCCACAGGUGCUGCCACAGUGAAAGGCUGACUCCUCCCAGAUGUGGAAAUAAUGAAGUUUACCUCCAUGGGUUUCAAAACCCAGUUUUGAGCAGUUCAGCCUGGAGCUUGCCUCUGGGGAUUUGGGGCUUGGCUGCUCUAGUGCCAUCCCUGAAAACACAUUUCACAUAAGGGCUUUGUGAGCAAGUACUGCAUUGGGUUGGAUUUGGCUCUCUCAACAAGAGGUGUGGGAUCCUUGGCCAGAUGGUUGAGAACUGGAGAAAGUCUGUGUAAGCAACAUUGGGGCACUGCUGCUGCUGCCGCUGCCGCCACUGCCUUGCUCAGAAAGAGAGUGAUCACUGGGCAGGCUUCCAAAACCUGCUGCCAGUCUGUCUUCAAAGGAUCGAGACUGAGGAAUGACAUGCCCAUCACUGUCACCCCUGAGGCCCUUCAUCUCCGUGACAGCAGACUCUGAGCACAGGCACCUCCAUUACGUCCUGCGGGAUCAGGAAAGGACAGCUGCUUCUCAUAGGCCAUUUAUUGUUCUUAAUUAACCAGCGGCUGCAGCUCUUGGAGACAAAGCUUAUAGGCGGCUUCUGCCAAGACAACCUCCAUCCCCGUCACCACGGAGCUGCCGUCCAGUCUGCAGCACAGCUUCGAUUCUUCCACUUCCUCUCCUUACCUUGGAACCAAACGAGAUCUGGCUUGGCGUUGUCUUAACACACCUGGGUGAUGCCAGCAAUGGAGUUUGUGCCGUAAGGGCUAGAAUGUGCCAUUUGGGAAGUAACGAUUCCUGUCUGUGAGCCAGAUAGAGACAAUCUGCUACAGAUGGCAGAAAAGUAAUAUUUUCCAGACUGGUGCAGGAGAAAUCCCUCAGAUUCUAGCCAGAGUGGGGUUUAAUGUUUGAGAGGGACAGAUAAUCACACCUUGCAAACUGACUGCUGGAAUUUGUGUGUAUGUUUACCAGACUCCUCAUAGCCUUUAGUGGGAAAAAGGUGGGGGGAGCACAAGACACACCCCUGUUUGCCCCCCCACCCAUGAAAUAUGAUAUAUUCUGUUUUAAAAUCAUACAGAGACAAUGUGAAACAAAAACAGAGAGGGGCAAUAAUAACAACAACGUUGAGCUUAACCAAAUAAGAAUCUCAAUGUAUUCCCUACAAAGUAUGUGGCUUGGAGUGUUCUUGUGCCUUAUUAUACCAGUACAUAAUGAAAACACACUCUUAAAGUUGAGUUAGCUUUUGUUCGAUUUCCCCCUUUUCUUACAGCAUGAACGACCAGUAUGUGGUGCUCUGUGCUUUUGUGUGUGGGUAGAUCUCUGCCAUUGCUUACUUUCAGAGAGAGAUGGGGGCGGGCGCUGGGAUACACGUCUGCAGCUGUGGCUGGCACGUUAGGGGUUAACUCCUCCUUACUUUGAGGCCAGGAGUUAGCUCUGCUGCGUGGCCACUGGUGGCGGAGGGUGGCUUCUCUUUGCCUGUCUGGCUCUGCCUGCCUCUUGGAAGAGACUGUCAUAUUUUUUUUGUCUCCUCCCUCUCCCCCCAUGUAGCUACGGUUGGUACAGCCCAAGCCGGCUCUGGAGCUGGAAUCCUGUGGGACUGCAGCUCUCAGAGAGGAGGCUGCGAAACACCGGCAAGAGCAGCGGCAGCAGGCACCUCUGUCUGCUUCGUCCUCGUUGCCUUCUUGUGGGCACUCUGCCUCCCCCAAGGGUACCUUGGAGGCUUUUUGGUCCACGCUCAGGGGGCAGAAGGUGAUGGGAUGCUCCUUGCCUAGCCUGCCAGCAUCUUGGUUUCCAGGUGGAGAAAAGGCAGAGGCUUAGUGAGGCCCUUAAGACUGCCAGAUCUGUAAGUGUUUGGAAAUGUCUUUUCCUUUCUCCCCUCUGGGGCUGGAUGGUUUUGAGUUGCAGCUGCUCGUAUUAAUCAGGAGUUCUGAGAUGCUUGAAGGAUAAAGUGAAGCCUGCCUGUUCUAUUUAAUGGGCUGGAGUUGCAAUGCUGUGCUGUUAAGGGGCAUGCGAUUUAAAAGCCUUUGACGUGAGAUGGGCAUGUGGCACUCAACGUAAAAGAGAGGGGUGAUUUGCUCAGGCUGCCGCAGAAGGCAAAUCCCUGAAAGUUAGAGCAGGAACACUGGCAAGGUAUUCCUGUAUUGAUUGAGGCUUGAGGUUUCUUUUUUUCCGGGGAGUGGGAGGUGUUUUGUGUCUCUGUGUGUAAACCUCUGGCAAUUCUCUGAAGCUGGGCUAGCUGACAGCUCAUCACUGAAGGGGACCUCCACUGGCUAUCCUGGUGCAGAUGCUGAAAUGUCUGUCUUGGGGAGGGGGGGAAGUGGGUAAUGAUGACAGCUUCUUUUGCAGUUGUGUUUAUCCCUAUCAUGUUCUCAGAUGCAUUGCAAGAGUUUGGAUUCCUUGUGAUGAGAAGUUGUUGCGAUGAUACCCACAAAAAAUGCAGGACUUCUAUCCCUUGCACUCUGUUUUAGUAUUUUGGUGGUGCAAGGCUUCUUGUGAGAAAGGGAGUUUAAAAACAAACAAACCCACACGUACUUUAAUUAAUUGAAUGUGUAUAAAUCUGAUAGCCAUUAGUCACAACCACCUGCAUGUACUAUGUACAAUAAAAUUAAAAAUGGGGGGGGCGGGGAACUAUGAUUCUUAUUAGUACUCUUUAAAGCAUAUUUCUGUGAUCUUCUAGUACUUGUGAAAAUACAGCUGUUUGGAAGAGGCUCCACUAUUUCAUUGAAAUACGUUCUAUAAAAACUGCCUAAUUUUUCACCCCAAGGAACUAGUCACAUGGCAAUUUAUCUGUGCUACCUUGUCUCAUGUUGCCGGAACAGGCAUUUCAGUGAUCAACAGAGGACUACUGAGAGAGAGUCUAGCUUUCUAGUUUCUCAGGGCAAGCCUUUAAGCCACUAUUAAACUAACCAUAAUUGCAUCCCCAGUGUUCGUGGGAAACCCCCAAGGGGUAAAUUGCAUAAAAGAAAAAUGAAUAUCUGGUCCUUGGAGUCGGAUUGAUGGAGCACCUAGUGACCUCUCGCCAACGAGAUGUCACAAUAAAGUGUCUCCAUUACAUACAUGUGAAUGAAGCCGUCGCUAUAUAUUACGGUAUCGGCAUAUGUCUGAAUUAGCCACAUUGCUGCUGCUCUGUGUGUGGUGGGCUCAGGAUUUCCAAAAGAGUGGCAUAACAAUAUGGGCAUGUGACCGACUCAGCAUCCGCAGCUAUAGUCUUGGUGGAGGAGCUUCAGCAUUUGGCCAGAGCUUGACUUAAGGGAAGACCAUUGCAGAUUCAGAACCAAGCAUGAUGAUGUGACUAAGUGUGGGAAGCCAUGUCCUGUCUUUACUUCCCCUAGGUAUCUGAGUGUAGGAGGAGCAGGCUACACUGCUGACCCCACUAAACUUUUGCUGCAACGUCACAAGGGGAUUUUUGCCAUGGAGGGUUUGGGCCUGGAAGUCAUGCUCCCCCGUUGGUUCUGGCAGGUGUUGGGAGGCUGCCCAACAAAAGCUGGGGCUCCAGACUGCUGCACAUCCAAAAGCUGCUAGUGGCAGUGGAAGAAAGGUUGAGGAAAUCUGUGUUGCCAUCCGUGGUGUUGCCCAGCCAGCAAUUGGAGCUACAGGAGCAGCUGUUCUUGGCUGCCCCCCUCAUGAGCUGAAGACACAUGCUGGCUUUGAUGGGGCUGCCAAGGCUUAGCCCUGCAAUUGGCCUGGCGGUUCCCCAGCUCUUGCUGUUUUUUUCCUAAUGAAUUGAUUGUUUGCACUGUGCACAGGGAGCCCAUUAGGGAGACAUGUGAGGGUCAUUAGCAAGGCACAGUGGAGCUUGACUAUUCAGGCAGUGCCUGGAUUGGGAGUGGGAGAGGGGCAGUGGGCGGGGGGGGGGGGACCCAAGCAAACACUUCUUCCUUCUGCAUAAGCCACUGUGAUGGAGCAGGUAGUCAGCCUCUGGGGCAUCAGGCAGGCAAAAACACUCUGAAUCAGGUUUGACAGUUGAUGGCAAUGCUCUCCUCCUUGUCCUAGAACAGGGCUUGAUGCUUCUGCUUUGUGGUGUGUACCUUGGUGACCCGCUGAGGGCCAGAUGCAAAGCAGGCAUUGCAAGCUUUCGUCGUGGGGUGGUGGUGGUGGUGGGGGAGACCUUUGUGUAGUUAUGGAGUUCUCAUGUGUCUUCAGUGAGCUCAGGAUAUGAAUGAACUCGAAGGGACUGGUUUCUCUUGUGUCACCCUUUCGUCGGGUAGUUGUGACACUUGUGAAACUUGCUCAGCAUCUACUAAGAUAAGUGGCCCCUCCCCCACAAACUGGAAUGUGUUGUGCAGAGGUUUCUGGGAAUAGGCUGCUAAGGACAGCAGGGCCAAUUUUUCCUUUUCUGUGACAAGUUUCGUUCUGAAGGAAUGAGCACUGAAAAUCUGAGUGCACAAAAUGCAUAUUGCCAGCUACUGCAGUGCAGCUGCUUUUGGGGCGGAAUCAGCAUCUGUUUUAAGUGCCCCCACGACAAGAAUUCUGGUUAUUGUAGAUGUAACAGCUAAGAACACUAGAUGGGGAAAAGCUAAUAAUCAUAUCAUUUCAGAAAUGACGUUUCCAGGUAUAUAAUUAUGAAAUGCUUUAUUAGACCCUGGUGGGUAGGAACACACGUGUCUCAUUGCCGGAUGAGGCCCUGGAGAUCCUGCCUGUUCUUUUGAACACUCUUAAGGCAGCAACAGCAGGGUCAUAAACAGCUCCUCUGGCUCUUUUUGGCCUGUUACUUUUAUCUGCCCUUACCCCUUUCCCACACUGCUACAUGAAGAUGGAUGCAGGAUCUGGAGGAGGAAUGGACUGGGAAAUGCGGUAGCUCCUUGCGUUCCUGUUGCCGUGGGAUGUUUAGACCCAGGCAGGAUCUCUAGAUUGUGAUCGGGCAACCUUUUGGGAAGGGCCAUAGCUAGAUAGUAGGGUACAUACUCUGCGUUGCAGAUCAUCCCAAAUUCAAUCCCUGGUAUUUCCAGGUGGAGCUGGACAACGUCGUCCCCUCUGAAAGUCUGGAGAGUUAAUCAUUGUAGAGUAGGCAACACUGAGCUCGACAAACCCGUGGUCUGACUCUGUAUAAAGUAGCUUCUGUGGCAAUUUGACCUGGAGAUUUUCUCUAAAGUAAUAAUCCUCCAUCUUGUAUUUAUUCUUGAGCGAUUUAUAGGGGCAACAGUGAGUGACAGAUUGCUCACCAGUCAAGCACCUCCAGUGCCAUCAGACAUCUUCCAACCAUCCUCACUUGUUGGCCUAUCACCCUUCGCCUAAAGUAAUUUCAACUUUUUCAUGGACAGAAACAAACUUACUUGAACGCACUGUUGAUACUAAAUACGAUUUAGAAGAAGAUAUUCUGUCUCUUGACAAGAAAAGGAAAUCAGUACUUGCAGGCCAGCUGAGUGGGGUUGAAAAGUGACUCUAGAUAGACAAUAGCUGGUUUGGAUGGGAAAACAAAUGGAAUUCCUUGUGUAGUGGGUGAUGUCAGUAAUUAUAGACAGGACUUGUACGAUUCAACCAAGGGAAUGCCAGAUCCUGUGAUUUAGUGUGGGCUGUGCAAGUGAGCCAUGAAUUUUCAUGAAUGUGUGUACUUAUGAUAUCCUCUUCAAAGAAUGGAAUGUGAUGUAUCGCAUGACAGAGAGAGUGGAAAAGAAGUAAGGACAUGAGGCAUUACAGUGAUAAAAAAAUGUUUGCAGGGAUGGUGGAUUGAUUGAUUAAUUUCAACACUUUUAUCCUAUUCAUCCAAAAGCUCAGGGUGGCAUACAUGGGUCCCCCCACCUCAUUAUCCACACAACAACCCUGUGACUUCAAUCUGGCUGAGAGAGAAUAACUAGCCCCGGGUCACUCGGAACUUCAUGAUGGUUGAAAUGGGAUCUGAGCCUGGGUCUCCCCAGUCCUAAUUCAGCAAUGUCACUUGGAGCAGUAUGGCUUGGAAAAUGGUACCUAGAAAUGGAUCCUUUUGGCUCCUCAGCCAAAUCCUUUUGUGUGGCUAUGAAUACCUGAAACUUUUAAAUAGAAAAGGUUCUGACAAAGCCAUGUAGUGUUUACUUGUGACAUAGUUGACCACACAAGUUAUGUAGAUUUCCUGUCUAUUGACAGCAUGCAAGAGUGUCAGUUUAUGUAAUUGCCAGUAGCUGUUGGUGAUAGUCCAGUUCCGCUAGAGGUGUCAUGUUCCUUUGUACCUUUGAACCUCCCUUGCCCCCCGCCCCAGUCUGUUGCUUAUUAUUCUCUACUUAGUAGGUGAAACGUCUUGCUUAGAGCUGCUUUUCAAAUCGACCCAAUGAAAAUGUAACCAUGGUUAGGUGAUCAAAGCUGUGCUGCAGGUUUGCAUCUCCUUUCUUGUCCAUCAUCACCUUCCUUACUUUCACCCUCAAAAAUUAACUUCACUCACCUGGUUAGAUUUGACUCUGGCACAGCAGCAUUAACAUCUGCAGCAGCACAAACAGGGAUGGAAGCUUGUUUGCAAACCAUGGCUAGUGCCAGUCAAGAUGUCUACAUGAGCCACGGAAAGGAAAGAAUUCAUAUGAGUUAGAAGAUUGCUAGUUUGGCACCUACAUUGGGUUAUUACGGAGGGAAAUGAGCUCUUGUUUGUCGACUGUGUCCACAUGGUGACUACUAUAAUGUGUGGAGGGUGCAGACAUGUGUGAAAAAUUGGUGGCAUGGACUUGGAGACCUUAUGGUUUAAAGGCACCACAGAGACAUGCAGAGGAGCAAAGAAAACCCAUAUUUUCUGUAGUGUGUGAAGCAUCCUUGGGAGACAUUAAAAACAGAUCUAUGAGCAACCUUGUCACAAGUUAGAACUAAACAACAAGAUAUGUAAUGGACCAAUGUAGUGUAUUCUACAACACAUACUGAGCACACAGCAGUUGGGACUCUGAUCUGCUUUAAAAAUGUCUCAAGUAACUACAUUCUUUCGCUCCCUUUCCCUUGAGGAGUCUAUUUUGUUUACCUUGCUUUAUUUUUAGGAAUUUUGAGGUCAAGACAUGUCGAUUCUAGCAGAAGGGAACAAAGUAAUUGCCUAUGACUCUGUAUUAUUUCACAACUUGCUUUGCCCCAGAGUCUGCAGAGGUAGGAAGUUGGGUCACCCCUGGAUUCCUGUGUGGCUUCAGAGAGGCCACUCCAUGGUAGAUCUUGGCCAACAGUCAGCAAAAGUGCUGUGGUUGGGCUGUUUGUAUUGAUUUCUCUAUCUGUUCCCCUUGUGCUCUGCAUGGGGAGCUAGGAGUGGUUGUGCUCUUGCUGCAGCGGCAGGGAGGAAAGGUCUGGUCUGCAAGCAUUUGCUCUCAUUAGAACGUUAAGGCCUGAGAGCUGAAAGCCAGUCACCCCUAUAAAAUGGACUUUGAGCAGUUUCUCCUGUGAGGCUCAGCGUAGGGUCUGGCUGAUCGGUCCAUGGUGUUUGCCUUCAGCCUCUGCAGGCGCAAACAAGAGAGAAUGUGUCUCUGCCAGGUUCCUUUUAACAGAACAAAGGAUGUGUUAUUCCCCUUAAUAGUCUCUCUGGAAGCCAACUUAAGGUACUCGUCUCCAGGCUGGAAGCUGAUUAUUAUUUCUACAUCAGACAAGUGGUAGGGCAAGCCUUACCAACUAGUUUAAACUUUUAGAAGGGAUGGGAUACCCUUUUUUGUUUUUGUUUUUAGUGCUUCUCAACCUCAAAGUGGAUGCUUAGAGUCUUGAAGCUGGUGAGAAAUGGGAUCCUUUUAACUGGGCAUGAUGGUGAGGAGACUUCACUUUUUACAGCAGGGAUGGGGACUGUGUGGUCCUCCAUGGACUCCAGCUCUCAUCAGCCAUAGCCAGCAUGCCCAUUGGUGAGGAGUGGUGAGAGUUGUAGUCCAACAACAUCCUCAGGGCCGCAGUUUCUGCAUCCUUGUUCUUCAAGAAAAGCAAUAGCAUCUGUUCAUUUUUAGCUAGCAUAGUCAGUUCCUGGCCCUGCCAGAAAUUCCUUGUUAAACAUGGCAGUAAGUAUUUUCAUCUCUGGGCUGGAGUCCUCCAUCUGCAACGUGGUUUGUGGUUGUCACAAAUGCUAGGAAGAAUGGCAUUGAAAAAGCCCAAUAAAAGGUGAUGCCAGUUGAUAAGGGAUUCUUCCCCAUUUGAAAGGAGAUCUGGUCCACAGCUCAGUGGCAUUUCCGGUAUUUUGAGGUCGCUGGAUCACUUUGAGAACUGACGUUUGAGACAUGGUGGGGUCCAGAUGAAUAGCAUAUGCUGGUUGCCUAUCCAGAGUCCGACUUUAAAUCCCUGCUGGGCCAGGAACAUACAGUCGCUUCCCUUGAGGAAGUCUCGCCUUCAAUCCUGCAUCUGUUCAAUGGGAGUAGGAGUGUCUUAUUUUGCAUGGCUGUUGUGAGCUUGAAUAAAGCAACAAUUGUGCAUAUUAUGUAAUCUGCCAAAAUUAAUAUGUGACUACAUAUUCAGGAAAUGAAUGGCCAGGCAUGGAAGGAGAUGUCUGGGAACUCUUCUCAUAAUGCCAAUAUAACGGUGGAUUCCAGACCCAACCCUUGUCCCUGGUAGCAGAGCAGCUGAAAAUGGCAAACAGAGGCGGGUGGAGCAUAAGAUAGUUCUUGGGCAUUUGCAAGGUCUAGGGCCCUGUGACACAGACUGACAGCUGGUAAUUUGAGUGUGGGCUUCGAGCGACUCUUGGGGGUGGAUGGUGAACCAAUGGAUCAAAUAGUGCUUGUGCCAUUUCCUUUUAUUUUAAAUGGUGGGCUCUUGUUGGAACUGGUAAAUAUAGCUCAGGAGCUGAUGAACCUGGGCUAUGUUAACAGAGACCAGAAAACAGCAUAAAAUUGGGCAUAUUUCACAGAGGAUUUCCUGCUUUUUUCCAAUAGCUGCCAUUCAUUGGACAUGGUAAGGGAUGGGUUACGAGCGGCAAUCAGAGUUGCUCUGUUUCUGUUAUUUUUCUUUUGUUGCAUCUGGUGACUAAUCCAGAGAAGGUCACACCAUGAUAAACACAUCUGUCUUUAAGGUGCCACAAGACUAGUUCUGUUUCUAAUGUCAAUUUUCAGUAGCAUCUUUGCUCUGUUGAUGCCCAGGGCCAGUCUGAGUUCUAGCAGCUUCAUACUUUUCAGUGUGCACAGAUGUGAAAAAGGGAAGGAUUGCCAGAAAGUGAACUUGGCAGUUUAGUUUUCCUUUGAAGGAUGGUGAGGUUUAGCAGAGGUAGUGUGUGCCAUUUCUGUGUGCACCAAUUGCUCUAACAUCUUAGCUUGAAUACAUUCCUGAGCCACUUCCUGAAGCAAAAGGAUGGAAAGACUGUAGAAUUAGUACAUUGGCUUAUAUAUGAUGUGGGUGGCACUGUGGUUUAAACCACUGAGCCUCUUGGGCUUACCGAUUGGAAGGUUGCCGGUUCAAAUCCUUGCGACGGGGUAAGCUCCCGUUGUUCUGUCCCAGCUCCUGCCUAGCAGUUCAAAAGCACGCCAGUGCAAGUAGAUAAAUAGGUACCGCUGCGGCGGGAAGGUAAACGGCAUUUCCGUGCGCUCUGGCUUCCAUCACGGUGUUCCAUUGCGCCAGAAAUGGUUUAGUCAUGCUGGCCACAUGACCUGGAAAGCUGUCUGUGGACAAACGCCAGCUCCCUUGGCCUGAAAGCGAGAUGAGCGCCACAACCCCAGAGUCGCCUUUGACUGGACUUAACCACCCAGGGGUCCUUUACCUUUUAUAGUGUCAUCAUCUUAGCACCCCUUUUCCCUGGCCUUGACACCUGAGAUGUAUAUUUUCAGGACCCACUCUAUUUGUGUGUGUGGUUGCAUUUUUUAUUGUAAGUUUUUAAAACUUCUGAUGUAAUUUUAAUCAAUGUAGCCCACCCCUGGGACUUUAGGGUGAAGGCAGGGUAAUAAAGUUGUUUGUUUGCUAAUUACAGUACCAGCAGCCACAACCUGCUUCCUUCAAAUGCAUGAUGUGGAGUGAGAAGGGAGUGAUGGUAAAGCCAAGUGUUUUAGCAGUUUCUCAAAGGAAAUGAUGGUGGUGGGGUGUCUGCUAAUCUGCAGAAACCUUUUGCAGAUGUUUCUUGGAAAGCAGGACUGUCCUACGGCAGUUCUCCGUUUUGAUCCAGGCAGAAUUACCAGCCGCUGCCGACUGGGACUGAUGGAAAUCUUAGUCCAGAACAUCUAGAGGGCACCAGGUUGGGGAGAACUGAUAAAGGCUGUGUUUGAUUAAAUUUCUCCUCUUCCCUUGAAUUGUUCUGAUCAGGGCCGUGGCUUUCUCUCAUCUCCCUGACUGCUGUCUCAUAUUUCCCACAGAGAUCCACGGAGGGCCGCGGUCCCGCCAGUUGCAGCCUGCGCGUUCCCUCCCGGGGCCUCCCCACUGCCUGAAGCAUUUUCCUGUUGACCUGCGCACCUCCAUGGAUGGCAAGUACAAAGAGAUAGCCGAGGUAAUGUUACUUCUUCAUUGCUGUUGCUUUCCUCUUUUAUAACCUUGGAACCAGGCCCGUGAGGACACCACCUCAGAGUUAUACCCACUCGCCCUGAGUUCCUCUUUUCCUUUGAUUGCUUUUUUAUGAAACAAGCUCAACUCUGUAACCCCGAACUCUGACAAAUGCAUGUGACCCCUCUUGCAUUUGCAAAGGUUGUGGGGAGGGGGGAGAGAUAAUCCAUGCAGCCUUUCACUGUUGGAGGUAAGGAGUGGGUUGCUUUCAACUCCUGGAAAUGGAAGGUGAGAGGGAAGUGAUCUUUGCCAGUUCCUCUUGUAAUCUCCUGUGCCCCUGGGAAUUGUGCUUGGUGGUGGUGGGUGGAGGGGCUGUGGGGAUAAAUCACCCUCCCCUUCUGUUUGUAGAAGCUUCUGCUGGUUUGACGCUUUGGCUGAAGUACAGUUUUGCUUUCCUAGGAUCACCUCUGUAUCCAACCCGGUGUUUGGGAGUUAUUUCUCAUUGAGUGUGCUUGUUGUGAGGUUUUGUUGGGGUGUUUCCCAGAGGGCCAGGUUGCCACAUUGUGCCAGUUAGUGCCACCCUGCAGUAGAGGCAUAAAGUGUUGUUACGUGGUCUCCACUGCCAUAAUGAUUCCACCGUCUCCCAAUUUUAAUUGUGGUGUAAAGGAAAGGUGGACCUAGCGUUGCUUGCAGCCCACACUGGUUGUUUUCGUCCACUGUUUGGGGAUGCCAGAUUCUAAGGUAGGCAAAUCUUGUGCAGUUCUGGGACUGUGCUACUUCCAAGUCCAGGCGUGGCAUGCUCACAGGAAAUGUGCAUUAGCCUAAAUCCAGCCUCAAAGCCUGGCAAAGUCUGUCCCAUGUGCACUUAAUGGUUUCUGGAGUAGCUGGAAUCUCUGUGAGUGAUGAACUGUCCUGCUAAUCACAGCAUUACAAGAGAAAGGAGGCGCAAGAAAAAGGAGAAGCUCUUGUUAUGUUCCUCUUAUUGCGUGAUCCAGUUCCAGGCUUCCUGUUUCAGGCAAUCAGAACAAUUUUUUCAACCUCAGUAAUAGGUGAGCAAUCUCUUGCUGGAGUGUGAACUGAGCCAUUGUCAGGGAGAGCGAUUACAGGAGUACUUUGGCCAGACUUUUUGUCUGGAUGGGCUCUUGGGUGCAUUCUCUCCCAGUUGGAAAGACUGAAAAGGUCCAUAAUUUCAACUGGGGAAUUUGCGGGUCACCGGCAAGCGGUCCCAACUUGCCUCGCCAGUAAUUCUGAUGCUGAUACCCUUUAACCUAUGUAACAGAUGUUUCCAUUGUAAUUGCUGGCACAGAAAUUUGGCUUUUUGCCUUUAGCUAUCUAAAGAGUGAACUUACCACAGGCAAGCUUUCAAGAAUCGGGUACCCGAGUGAAUUAAUUGAAAAUGCAUUUUGAUCGACCUACUGGCAGGCUAAGUAAUUGAAUUGCUUGUCUGAUUUAUUGGGGGAAAUCCUUGCAGAGCAAGCCUGACUCAGCACUUCCCAGCUCAUGUCUCUUUGUAACGCAGCUCGCUUUCUUGCUGCUUGUGCUUCAGGGCUCUUUAGUUGCAGUAUGGAAAUGUCCAUAGCAAGAUCUUGUCCUUUUUUCGUGAUUCAUGAGAGCUGUCUGUCUCCUUCCUUCAUACCUUGCUCUUGAACAUGGGGGGGGGGGGACUUUCUGGGGGGGGGGGCUGAGGGUCACAUUGCCCUAGUAGAAAAGCUGUGGAGCCAUAUACCUGAACCAGGUGGGGCCAGAUUCACACAAAAUCCUAAACCCUUGAUGCACACACAAUUUCUCUUUCUCUCUCAUAACACCACGCAUAUCAUGGAAGCAGAGGCAUAUUUUUAAUUAUUACUAGCUCUCUUCAAGUUAUACCUUCCAUUUCCUUCAUAGACUUAAAAAAAAAAAUACAUUGAACUUCCUAUACAGUGGUACCUCGGGUUACAGACACUUCAGCUUACAGACUCUGCUAACCCAGAAAUAGUACCUUGGGUUAAGAACUUUACUUCAGGAUGAGAACAAAAAUCGCGCGGCGACAGCGGGAGGCUCCAUUAGCUAAAGUGGUACCUCAGGUUAAGAACAGUUUCAGGUUAAGAACGGACCUCCAGAACGAAUUAAGUUCUUAACCCGAGGGGCCACUGUAUUUGUACUGCCUAUCCAAAAGGCUCAGUAAUUCUAGUGUGAUAAUGCAAAUAUGUUCAAUUCACAGCUGAAUUGCAAGUCCUUCCCCAAAAUUGAGAUCCAGCAAUUGCAAAAUGUGUGGACUACUUUUUGCAUUUCUGCAAAGAAUACAAGUUUGCUGUGACCUUGCAGAGGAAGGAGCCACGGUUACACAUCCUCUUUCGAUUUCUGCUGAGCAGCUGAUGGUUGGCAGGGCACCCGGAGGGCUGUAUAAAAUCUGGCCAGACCACGGGUAUCUCACCCCAGGUCUAGGACAUUAAAAGGUGCAUUCAUUUUCAAGGCUGGAAAUGUCAUUUCAAUCUACCUUUGCCACACUGAAGAUGUUAGGUCUGCCUUCACUCUUUCUGGUCCCAGACUGAUAGAAGUGUCAUAGAGCCUGUUGGUGGAGCUCACGUCACGUGCUGAUUUUAAUGGGUCCACGGUACAGACUUAUUAAAAUCACAAUACCUGAAGUACAUAAAUGUCGUAUGCACAUUGUAGAAAAGCAUUGUGGCGUGAUGUAGAUUAACCCCACCUCACAGGCUUGAAUAUACACUUCGAAUGUUAUGGCUUUAGUGGAUUCACAGUACAGGUCUGUAAAGUGUAUAUCUUACAACGUAAAUGUGAGGCAUGGUCCUAAGCAGAGAGACACUGGAUGUGAGCACUGGUGGUGGUAUGGAAGUGUUUGAAGCUGCCUGCUCUAGCUUCCACCUGACCUUUGUAGGAAGAAAUUAGGGCCUGCUUGAUGGCUCAGCAGCUGUCGUUUCCUGAUGUUGACACAUCCGUGUGUCAGAAACAUGCUGGAGAAGGCAGCAGAGAAGACGGGGACCUUGAGAUAUAUUAAUCAUUAAUGCACCUUUUGAUGACCUGGGCAAUGGGAAACCAGCAGCAGUGAAGUUCAUCUAACAGUCAUCACUCAGGCAAUUGUAAGUCACUGCGUUGGUGACCCCAUUGUCGAUUCCUGCCCUGAAAAAGCAGGCAUUGUGGCAUGGAUCCCACCCACAAUACUUUCGUGGAUGCUGGCAGAGUAUUCCCAUCUCAACAGACAGACUCCAGGGAGUCCCUCUUAAUGGACUCUCCAUGUUGGUGUCAGAGGUUUAUUAUGUGGGAGGCUUAACUACUCCUCCCUGCCCCACCCUCGGUCGACUGCACUGUUGUGCUGCUGUGCCCACAGGAGCUGUUCUGCCGUUCGUUGGCUGAGAGUGAUAUGCGCAGUGCCCCCUAUGAAUUCCCAGAAGACAGCCCCAUUGAACAGCUGGAGGAGAGGCGCCAGCGGCUGGAGCGGCAAAUCAGCCAGGAUGUGAAGUAAGUUGCUGUGAUGCUUCUUGGUCUUCUUUUGGCUCCUUUGUUUGGUAUUUCCAAGAGUAGGAAGGUGCAUUUCAGAGAAGUUCAUGAACAAAGACAACUGGAUGAAUAUGAGCAGUUGAGAACUGAGAAAGGUGGCAAGAAGCCAAAUGGGGAACCCUUAGUUGCAACCUAGAAUAGAUUGCAAUAACUCGGGGAAUAGGCUUGUUGGAGAAGACAUAGGUGGUCCAAAGAGGUGCACAUCGGACGUUGGCUAGGAUGCCUGCCAUUGACAUGGUUGUGUGUGUGCAUAUACAUAACUGUAUGUGUGUGCGUUUGUAGCUGGCAGUUUUACACAACGCUUGUCCUGCUUACGGUCUGUCUUGGGUGCCCAGAGGCUUUUCACUGGUGGGAUUGCUUUGUGGUUAUCUACGUUACCAGCAGGCAAAUAAAGGCCUCUAUAUUUCUUCCAGCUCUAUCUGCCCAGAGGUGGCUAGAUUCAUUUAGAAACCAGGACUGGAGAGAGGACAAAUAUGGCCCGGUACAGAUGUUGUGACCUAACCAUGCCUAGGCUAUUGGAAGUGUGCUGUAGGAGCAUUUGCUCCCUCUUCUCCAUGCACACACUGCUUCCCUUCUCCGCUUCCUGGGUUGUGGUAACCAUGCUUUGGCAUAAUGUCUGGAUUGAUCAAAUUAUGGUUACCACUGGCCAUAGUUUGCCUCCGCACCAGAACCAGAAACUCACAUUGAGCUAUACUUUCUGGUUCAGGUGGGGGUGGUUUGCCUGAUCUUCAUGGCAAACUGGUUGCCAUGGAUGAGGAGGGACUUACUAUUCAAAUCAGUAGCACUUUCCUGAUGGCCAAACCAUGGUUUGGUUUUGAUGUCUGUCCUAGGCCUUUUGAAUCCAUUCUCUUCUGUCUCCCAUAGCUGGUGAAUAUUGCUGUACAGUGUCUGCCAUUUCUGGUGUUGGUUUCUGUAUUAAUGCUAGUGUUUUCUUUUUUUCUUCUCCUCCUCUUCUCCUUUUCUUCCUCCACAUUUCCUCAUCUCUCUCUGUUUGUGUGUGUCUCUCUCUCUUCCCCCCUCUCUCUUUCUGUCUCUCUGUUUGUUCCUGUCUUGGCCUUGGCCUCCACUUCCCAUUUAUCCUCAGACUAGAACCUGACAUUUUACUCAGAGCCAAACAGGACUUCCUGAAAAUUGACAGUGCUGCUGACUUACAGUGAGUGCCUGGCAUUAAUUCUCUCUGCCCUUGACUCAGGGGUGGGAGCGGGAGCACCCUGCAGGCUGCAUCCUCAUCCUCUCCCCACCUUGGCAGGCACAAAGGAAGUGACACUCUUGCAAGAGUUCUAUCCACCUGCAUGUGGCACAUUCCCACUCUCAAUCAUGCCACUGCUGCGUGUGUGGUCAAUUAAUUAGGUGCAGAUACUGCUAAGUCAAACUAAGACAUGUGCAGGCAUUUGGGACUGCCUUGUGCAGGCUUAAAAUGGGGAGGAGGCAGAGGCAUGCAUACACAACCCUUGCACCUUCCCUCAAAAUCCCAGUGCAUGCCAGCUCCUGUUCAGACCUUCCUACAAUCAGUGCAAAGCUCUAAAGUGGGGGGAUUCUAUGUGGAACAUGCUUAGAAAUCCCCCAUCAGACCUUGUACAACAUGGGAUAGUCCGAAGUGGGACCAGGAGGCACAAGGAAGUUGGGGUUGGGUGGGGCUUGCAUUUGUAUCCCUCGCCUCUCCAUCUUAAGUCCACAUUAUUUUGCCCCCAAUGUACAAGUAGGGCUCUGAUCUUACCAGCAGUGACUGAGAGACAUGCCAUAUAGCCUGGGAGCAGGCUUGGAACUGAACUUCAGAGUGGAAAGAUGGUGUAAAUCAGGGGUGGCCAACUCCCAAGAGACUGCGAUCUACUCACGGAGUUAAAAGCUGUCAGUGAUCUACCCCAUUUUGGGGGGUUCAGGUCAAAGUUAAUGGGCUUUUUUUAGGGAGGAAAGCCCUGCUGAACUUCUUUGGGGGGAGCCAAUGAUCUACCAGUGGUCUACCACAGGCAUCCAGUGAUCUACCGGUAGACCACGAUCUACCUGUUGGACUUGCCUGGUGUAAAUGGAUGAAGUGAAUCUCCCCUCGCCUCCUGGAGGAGAAUGAAAGUUCGGUGUUUUAGAAUGGAGAAAUCCUUGCGGAGGAAAGGCCAAAGCUAGCCACUGUUUUGGUGCAUGUGUCAAGUUUGGCGAUCCCUUCUGAGAAGUAGAUGCUGUUCAGCUUGAGAAGCUGGGAAGCCCUAUGGCAACUAGGGCAGGCAGAAGCGCCUUUGAUCCCGAGCUCACCAUGGCUCUCGACACAGCUGAGCGGGGGAUUCCUCCCUUUCCACUGCUGGUCACUUUCACUUGUUCCUUUGCUCUGAGCUCCAUUUCCCUCCUGUCUUUUUAUUAUAACGGUGAUGAUUCUUUUCAUGGCAGGCGCAGUGGGUGGAUCCACCCUCUUGUCUCUGUGUUUUAUAUUUCUUCCCCACUUCCCCUCUUUUCAUGGUGCUGGCUGAGCAGCUCAGAUCCCUAGUAAGCCCAGCAAGGUCCUUGUCAGGGCGUCCCUUGAAGACCAGCUUCUUCAGGCCCUUGCUGGAUCUCUGCUUCUGGUUCUGUACAUCUUCUGCCAGAUGACUGACUUCAUGCAGUGCAGAAAGGGGCAAGCUGUGCAGAAUGAAAGAGCCCUCCCCUGAGGAGCAGGAACCACCUUCCUGAUACGUGGGCACCCUGUUUGACUGUCCAAGGUUCUGAAGCUGUCAGGUGUCCAUGACUGUCUCCACCCCUUUCCGUAGUUCAGGGCUGCUCUCCCUGUGGUUGGCGGGGAGGUUGUCCCUGUCUUGAACGUGUCUUGUGUGUGGUACGUCCUGCUUUGAUGUCUUGAAGGGCCUCUUUCGAAAAGGGGACUCCAGUGAGCACGGCAGGAUACCGGCAGAGCCAAAUCUGUCAUUUACUGUUGCUCCCUCAACUCUCCCCUUUCUUUCCUCUCCCCCCAGAUUGUUUAAGGAGCAGGGAGAGGACCUGGUGGACCAGUAUCCCAAAGAACGGGAUGUGCUUCUGGAAAGGGAGUUCCAGAGGGUCACCAUCUCCGGAGAAGAGACGUGCGGGGUAAGACUGACGGAUUCAGAAACUAGCCAUCCAUUUGCACCCAACCACGCACACCCACCCACAAUCUCCCGCAAAGGCUCUGCCACAGGGGUUCCCAGACGGUGGUCUACAAGCUUCAUGCGAGUGAUCCAUGCUGUGUUUGUAAAAAAAUGCGAUUAAAAACCAUGCAGCAUCCAGCACAGUGCUUUACAACUUUUCAGCAGACGGGGAAAUCAUUCCGUGGUCUGACAAUGUGUUCCGCAAUGUUUAGGGGGAGCGGGCGGGUUGGGAACCACUGCUCUACAACAUGCUGCUUUCUGACAGCAAUCAGAUAGCCUUCAGGCAGGAAAUGACUCCAGUUUUGCCCUGGAAGGGCCUUAGCUCAGUGCUAGAGCACAUUGUGCUUUGCAUGCAGAAGGGUCCAGGUUCAAUCCCUGGCAUCUCCACUUUAAAGGAUCAGGUAGCAGGGAAUGUGAAAGGCCUCUGUCUCCCUGAGCCCCUGGAGAGCAGCUGUUGGUAAAAAUAUGCAACCCAUCUAAUAAACCAGCUGGACAAAUAGAAUUUACUGACAGGCUCUGUAUUUUGUAUUUUUGGUGCUUUGUAGUUUGAUGUUUUGAAUGUUUGCUGUGAGUCACUUUGGGCACAGCCAUUGUGGAAAAUUGUUUAUUAUUAAUUUAUUUCAAGUAUUAAAAUAAUUUUCUAACUUUGAUUUUUUUCAACACCCAUGUUGUAAGUGUUACAAAAUUGCAGAUGGGAGUCUGGGGCUAAGAAGGGGAGCUCGCCUAACUUCACCCAGUGGUUCCAUUUGGAUACUUUGCUAAACUUCAGCUUAGUGUGCUGUGAAUGAGCCUAUGUGAGCUUCUGGCUCAUAUGCUCCCCCUUUCCCCCUCCUUCUGGAAUUCAGACGCUUUUACAUCUGUUUUUGCUUAAUCUCGUGUUUCAGUGUUCGCUGUGGAUAAAGUUAAUGAUGGUUUGUUUGAAACAAGCCAACUACAAACCAUAGUCAACAUUAACCCCGGUUUAUGGUUUGAAUGACACUAAACUAUGAUUAACUGAACUGUCUGUUAGGAACCUCUGGAGUGAUUUGAUUUAGCACGAAGAAGCUGCAGCACCUGUCUUGCACUUUCAUUGUGUUUAUUUAUGGAUACUGAAGUUCUGCAUGCAAACUGGCUUUUGAUCGAUAUCUUGCGAAGCAGUUAGAGUUACCUAACUCAGUCCCUGUGUUUUUCCAUUUUAUGCACUGAAUCUCUGAAGACUUCCUUCUGGCUGCUGUUUUGAUUUUCUGGCCUUCGUUAUAUAGUUUGAAUGGAUCAAUUAGCAUUUUGUGGCUAUUUGAAAUUUGCACUUGAUAGAUUUGCCUUAUUGGAGACAUUAUUAUUAUUGAUAUGUUAUAUAUUCUUGUCUAGCGGUUCACGCCGUCUGUUUCCUAGCCUGCCCAUCAUGAUUCCUUGAUAAGUGCUGUUCCCAGUUCAGCUAACUGUUUUUCUUUGGCUCUCCCCCCCCCCCCCAGGUGCCUUUCACAGACCUGCUGGAUGCUGCCAAGAGUGUGGUGAAGGCCUUGUUCAUUCGGGAGAAGUAUAUGGGGCAUUCUUUGCAAAGCUUCUGCAAGACCACAGCCCGCUUCCUACAAGACCUUUCAGAAAGGCCUUUGGCCCCCAGGAUGUAUGAGGAGAUCCCCGAGACCCCUGGGGCUGGAGGUGAGGUCUGAAUCUGGGCCUGUGUGUGAGAGGGCAUUCCUUUCAGCAAAGUAAUUCCAGUAAUGGAGGUGCCUAAAGUGGCAGACAGGAAGAGGAACAUGGAUAAGGUUUAGAUUGGUCCCUGGCUACUUACAAGGUGGUCAUGGUAUUGAUGAUGCCCUUGCGAGGCCAGCAGGUAGUGGAAGCCAGGGCAUGGUCCAGAGGCAGCUCCCCUCCUCUCCCACACCCAAGGAGAGCUGUGAGGCCAAGUCGUACAUUGCCUCCAGCUUUGGGGUAGGCAAGACUGGGUAGCUGCAAGAUCUAUUGGGGCAUCUCUUCAUGUUUCCAAGGGCUCAACUACAAAUAAUUUUUAAGUGAUCCCAUGGAAAGAUGCUAGAGCUAUGGGGUGAGUGUAGGGCCAUUUGCUGAGAAAUGCUGAAUUCUGCAAUUGUUGGGUUCCAGUUGGGUGCAUUUGGGUAAUCCCCCCCCCCAUUCAUUUUAUUCAGAUUUUUUUAGUCUUUGGGGGGCAAGGAGCUUAUGUGGGGUGUUGAAGUUCUAGCAAAUGUUCAGUGGCAGCCACCCCUCUGGAUUCCGAGAAUUCAGUAGACUUUGCCCCCACGUUUCAAAAUGUAUUUUAUGUCAUGAGAACUAGAAAUUUGCUUGCUCUCAAAAAAAAAAAAAAAAAGGACAGAGAUUAUGAGAAAAAUGGAACUUUGUACCCAUUAACUACCCAUUAAUUCUACAAGGUUCCUGUGCUCCCGUGGAGUCAGCCUUGGAUGAUUGGGAGAGAUGGUGUGACUGGGACCCAGUGAGACUGUGCCGUCCCAUAUUGACUUGAUCUGUCAUGUUCUGUAGCUGAACAACCAUCACCGAGCUUGCUUGUUUUGUGCCCCAUGUGCUAGCUUUUCUUUCUCACCAACUCUUGCUAAACAAGCAAGCAAGCAGGCAGGCAGACAAACAAUAACUGGAUAAGGGAAUGUGCCAUCAACUUCAAGGAGAGAGAUGGUUCUUGAGAAUAAUUAGUUUUAUUUUUUGUAUUUUGGUUUUCUGUUUAAAAUAGUAGGUGAAAUAUCCGUAGUGAUGAAGCAAAAGUAUACCCUCUCAUUUGCUCUUUCCCGUGUUGCAGAUGCUUCAGGGCACUCACCAUUUACAAACCAGCAUCCUUAUGAGAAGUGUGACCCUGAAUCAAUGCCUGGAGACCUUGGCUUUGGCCUGAAGAUGGUCAAUGGAGUAGUCCAUGUGUACACUAAGCAGGACAUCACCGACAAGUAAGGGGGAAUGGGAGAAGGCAUGGCAAUUUCUUGCUGGGUACAGAUGCCUUGGUAUGCUAACAGUGCUUCUAGGAAAAUAUGUUCUUUAGUGACAGGUAAAUUUUGGAGGUGAGCAGAGGUCAUUCACGGUGAUUUUAUCCAUGGCCCACACCUAAAUGGCCAAGUUAUUCCCUGUUUUCUCUGUAGCUGGGAAUCUUGGAUGCAUUUAGCUCAAGUAUCUAUAGAAAUGGCAUAUGCCUAAUGAAAGUGAAAAUUCAUCUAUAGACAUCCUGAGCUUUUAGGAAGUCUAGCUCCAUAUUCUUAUGCAGCAUCUUGUGAAAACACUGUUCUCAUGCAGAUCAUAAUAUAUGCACACAUGAUGUCUGAUAAUGAACACGGUUGAAAUCACUGAAUCUUGUGCUUUCUUCCCUGUAUCCAUUUGCCCUUGGAAAGUAUAGAAGGGAAUAUUUAUACUACAGGAGCUGGGGAAGAAAGUGUGAUUGACAACCGCCUACACAGCUUUGAGAGCACAGAAAGGCAGAUCCACAUUUUAAUUGGGCCUGUUCGUUAUUUGAACCAAACAGCACAUGCUGUUUUCAAACUAGAUUAAGCAAAUCAGUAAAAUGUAUGAAAACUUUAUUGUUAUAUUUUUUUCCUUCUUACAUAUUCAGAGUACUAUACAAUAAAACUGAAUUUAAAAAACAUCAUAUUCUAGCAAAAUAGCUAUUAACCAGUUUCAGACACCUAGGUAAAUCCUUGCAAGCAACCAAGGUGAAGGAAUGAACGCGAUAAUACAGCUAGACAGGACUUCCUGGACAAAAAGUUGAACCUUGCAUGGGAUAGUUUUGCAUGAAAUGGAAGUUCCUCAAGCUUGAACCCUAGUUGUGAUUUUUGAUUAAAUACUGACAUAGCAGGAAAACGGGCAUAGAUAAGGGAGGAAAAUACAAUAUACAUACAAUAAAAGAGCACACAUACAAUAAAGAACACGAGUCUGUCCCAGAAACAAUCUGUGUUUUUCUCAAUGCAUUUCCAUAAUAGUAACUGCUAAUGCCUUACAGUUUCUUUUAAAGUGAAAGUUCACAGGAAUCUUAAUUUUCUACUUUGUAUGGAAAUAUCAGUUAACCUGAUUUAACAGAGUUGGUGUAGUAAGCAGCUGGAUAUUCUGGCAAUUUCAAUUUGAAGCAGUAGUAAUAACUACCAAAUUCUAUAUUUUGAGCAUCUUGUUUGCCAGUUUUCUCUUGAGCUAACGCCUUUUUUAGUAGCUUCCUCCCCUUUAGUUCUAACUAAUGAUUUUAGAGAGAGAUCUUCGUUUUGUGCUAUUGGCAGUGCUGAUCUUGGCUUUUCCUCUCAUUUUACACAUAGAACUAUGCAAAAUACACAUCUGGACAACAUAGCUCUCUUGAUUCUUGUUUACUUGUGUCUGUGAUCUUGUUUCAUCUUUUGCCUCUUUUUUUUUUAAAGGACCACAGAACUAGACUUGCCUUACCCUGACCUGCAGGAGUUCAUUGCUGACAUGAAUGUCCUAAUGGCUCUGAUCAUCAAUGGUCCAAUGUAAGUGAUGCCAUUAUUUUAUUUCUUUCAUCUUUACGUGCAGGAGCAAGCUCCUUCUUCCAAAUGACAAUUCAGUUAAAUGUGGUUAGGCUCACAUCCAAGCAGGGUGGAUGUGAGCCUAUCUGGUAACUAUCAUGGAAAACUAGCAGCAAACCCCUUUUUUCAAUGAAAAGGCCUGAGUAAAUUCAUGAGGGGUAGUUCUGGUGAUUGCUACUUGCCAUGAUAACCUGAAGUACAAACUUCAUGGUCAAACUGAGACACUUUUGAUUACGAGAUGCCAGGAACUUACAGUAAGGAUCAACAUGGCUUGCUUUGGAAUUUCUCUGCAGUAUAUGUCUGAUCAUUCUUGAGCUGGCUGGAACAUGGACCUGACCUCGCAUGGCAAUGUAUUCUGAUGUUAUGGAAUUCCUUACAAUUCGCUCCCUUAUGUCUUUGGUAAUUACCCACCCACCCAGACCACAUUAGAAAUGCUGGCUGUUACUUGACAAAUGCACUAGGCCUGAGCCUUCUGCAAACAUAGAUUUAAACCCCGAAUUAGGUUUUCAUGAUUUACAGUGCUGGCUACUAUGUUGAGAAAGUGAAGGUCUGAUUUUGGUGUGGUGAACUAAACCUCCUUUCUAAUGUUUGGCCAGAAAAUCCUUCUGCUACAGACGCUUGCAGUACCUGAGUUCCAAGUUCCAGAUGCACGUCCUGCUCAAUGAGAUGAAAGAAUUGGCAGCUCAGAAGAGGGUUCCGCACCGCGAUUUCUACAAUAUCCGGAAGGUACUGACAUUCUGUGUUUCAGGAGUAUGUGCCUGUAGUUUUCAUUACAAAGAACUGGACUCUGGGGAACCCCAGCAGUUACUGCAGAAUGCUCAGUCGCUACAGCCCAAACUGCCUGGCCUCUGCAAUGCCAAAGGAAGGAACAGCAAGUCUGAUGGAGACGUGGGCCCCUCUCCAUUGGUACCUCUUAAUAAACAGGCACUCUCUUUCAAAGGCUUGUUUUUGCACCCUGAUUCCUUAGAUGGCCUGACAAAUGGUUCCCUGCCCAUUUGAGGGUCUUCCAGGCAACCAUAGUGGCAAGAAGUGUCAUGGUGGCUAAAUAAUAAGCAUUUAUAUACAGAUAUAUUUUUAAAUUUUAUUUCAGUCCUUAAAAUGGGUGGGAAGCCUAUGACCAUCCAGAUAGUUUGGACUCAUGUUCCCUUCAAUCCCAGCCAGUGUUGCCAGUGAUGAGGGCUGAUGGGAGUUGUAGUCCGGCAGCAGGUUCUCUUCCCGUGUUUUAAGGUUAGGGAUUGGAGCUUAGAGAUAAUAGAUUUCCCUAAAGCCAGCUGGUGGGUCAAUGGCCAAGGUCAGACUUGAGCUCUGGGCUUCCUGGCCCACAUUCUUAACCACUGAUCUCUUGAGCAGGUGGACACGCAUAUCCAUGCAUCAUCCUGCAUGAACCAGAAGCAUCUGUUGCGCUUCAUCAAGCGGGCUAUGAAGAAGCACCUGGAGGAGAUUGUGCAUGUGGAGAAGGGCAAGGAGCAAACUCUAAAGGAGGUCUUUGAGACCAUGAAUCUCACAGCUUAUGAUCUCAGCGUAGACACGCUUGAUGUCCAUGCGGUAUGUCAAAUAAGAGCCUUCACAACGUUAUUACAGGCCUUAUAUAGUCAUUUGCAGUUUGCCAAAUGGGGACGAAGAGAAUUGCAGUCUUUUGUCUUCAUGGUAACUUAAUUACAACAAUCUUUGUUGCUGCCUUUUCUAAUAGGAUCGUAACACCUUCCAUCGCUUUGACAAGUUCAAUGCCAAAUAUAACCCCAUAGGCGAGUCUGUGCUGCGGGAGAUUUUCAUCAAGACAGACAACAGAGUCUCUGGAAAAUAUUUUGCCCAUAUCAUCAAGGUAAGCAGAUCUGUCCUUAGUUGUGUACCCAGGAGCUUCUACUUAUUGCCAGAGUGCUGAAUAAGCUAUCCAAACUCUGUAUCCCUAUUCUUGCGUUGUGUGUGGUUUUAAAACUUGGGAGGAGCAUUCAAAUUGAGUUAGGGCAUCUAGUGAACCAGGAGAUGGGACAGAGAAAGGGAACCAUGCUGGGCAGUUGAAAUUUCUUGACUACUAGCAGCCCACUUCAUCCCUCCUGGUUUCUGAGUUUUUCCCAGAUUAAGUAUUGCUUUUUUGCAAACUUUGCCCUCAGACUUGAGGUCUUGAAACGUAGCUUUUGAAGGAGAGCAUACAUUCUUAGGCUGUCAAAAUCUGUCUGGUGCCAGCUUCCAUACUUGAGGAAGUAAGGGGAAGGCACAGUAUGAUUUCUUCUAUUCAUCUCAAUUUGGGCUUGCAGGUUUCCCAGGAGAAUAAUGAAAGGCAGUCAAGAUUCUAAGUUUCAAGAUCUUCUUCACUCUGUCUGCUUUCUAGAAUAUUAGGAAUAGCAAUGCACCUGUCUGGGGAUAAAAAAUAGGGCAAAGAAAGCAGUCAAUUUUGAGACAGUAGGGGCUGUCUCAAAGAGCACAUGUGAAGCCCAAGCAAUCAAUUGCAGGCAGAUAAAUUAUUCUACCCCGCAUGCAAAGAAGGUAUAAGGUGUCCAAGUGCUGGAUUGCCUUUGUAAUGCGUUUCAUCCUGCAAAAACAUGAGAGUGUUUCUGUAGCAAAGGAGGGUAGUCUUUGAUGUCUUUGAUGAGGCUCCUUUGCUGACAAGCCCUUUCUCUCUCUCUCCUGGCAGGAGGUGAUGUCUGAUCUGGAAGAGAGCAAGUAUCAGAAUGCGGAGCUGCGGCUCUCCAUCUAUGGCCGAGCCCGUGACGAGUGGGACAAGCUGGCCAAGUGGGCUGUGGCUCACAAAGUGCACUCCAACAACGUGCGCUGGCUGGUGCAGGUGCCUCGCCUCUUGUGAGUGACAAUUCCCCCCCCCCCCCGUGUUAUUCCAGGAAGGGGAGCCAACCUUUGGCAGGGGAAACAGCCUCCAAGCUACGGGUACUUCGCUGUGCUGCCUUAUGUGGCUUGAAUUGAUCGCAGUAUUUUCUCCUAGUCAUAUGGAGGAGAAACAUAGCUACAUUUUCUAUUUUAGCAAAGUGUAGCAAGCUGCUGGGAUUAUUAGAAAGGGUUUUGCGAGGGCUAGAGGGGUAGAAUCUGUUGUGCUGGCGGGAUUGGGGGGUUUGAAGACCCCUGCAGCUGUUGUAUUGAGAACUAGGCAAUAGCUACCCCAGUAGUUAAGGUGGAAUCUGAAAUGGAAGAGUUGGGAAAGCUUGUUCCGUAAGCAGAAUCUUGCUCCUGCGGCUCUUGUUUCUGCACCUUUCCCUCACCCGCAAAGCAAUCUGGGUACCAAAACAACAGCAGAAAAUCCCUGAUCUCUCAUAGGCACCUGCAUGAGGUUCUUUUCCUCUGCUGUUUUGGCACCCAGAUUGUGGAGUAGCCUCCUUAUAAAGGGACACAUCUUGCCCCUUUUAUUUUGCAUUUAUAAAAGAAUGGUGAAAACUGUGCUGCCUGAGCAGGUAUUCUUUAGGCAAGGUCUCCAAAGCAGCAAUCUUACAUGCACUUACUUGCAUGGAAUUCAGUAGGACUGAUUAAAACAAAACAAAACACCAGCUCAUAAAAUUAGCAGAUUACUUACCAACGCCAGUAAAUGAACAAGCUGCCACUAGCUGCCUGGCAACAGCAAAUUUCUUGAAUGAAUAAAUCAAUAAUGUCAGUUAACUGCUGUCAUGCAGGUGGCAGUUUCUGCCUUUGUUCUCCCAGCUUAUCAAAGUCCACUUUGCUUCCUGUUCUCUCCUCCUCUGUCUGCUUCCUCCCCUGCUCAGUUAGGUCUCUCCCUUCAGCUCCUUCCCUCUCUGCCGCCUUUCCCUUGGUUCCCAGCUUGCUCUCUCCUUGCAGCCCCCGCCAGGUCCUUCCUUAACACUGUGUAGCCACGGAUGUGAUUGGCCCGCAAACGUACCUUAUAUUGCAGCUGCUCUUAUCAUUGCUUUCCUGUUGCUUCUCUGAUAUGGUGUUAGUAUAUUCUGCUCCCUCCCACCCUCUUAAUUUAUGGUUUAAGACAAAGUAAACAAAGCUGCCAAGCUGCUUUAAUGGAGAAAAGUGGGCUACGCAUCAUAUAACUACGUCCAUUUAUUCCUUAGCUGGUGCCCAUAAUUUUCUUUUUGCUUGUUUGACUGAUGGAUAAAACUAAAUUGACGAGGAACUCGGAGGACUUUGUUUUGAUGGAUCUGUGCUUGGGGCUUUAGCUGUGCUUGCUUGUAAUCCUAGCUUAGCAGGAGAGCGCACUCGAAGCUUAGCUGCCCAGCUACACUAUCAACACAGCUUGCAAGCCCUUCAGAUAGGGUUGCACGUUCUAAGCUGAACACCUGUUCCGCUGGCUGGGGGAAGUGAAUGAAAAGCCUCCCUGUCUGAAUAGAGCAACAGAGUGAGUGCGCCAGCGAUCUUUCAGGUGACAAUGCAAAGAACAGGGCCUGGUGGGCACCUGAGGAGUGCAACAUGCUGAGUUUCUUAAAUUGUGCAGAGACUAGAGUAAGCUGGGAUUUUCUAAAAAGAAAGCUAUGAAAGGGAAGCAAGCCCAACAUUCUUGGGGCUCAGUGGUAGAGCAACUGCUUUGCCAUGUAGAAGGGCCAGGGUUAAAUCUACAGUAUCUCCAGGUAGAGCUGAGCGAAAUCCCUGUGUGAAACCCUGGGGAGCUGCUGCCAGUCAGUGUAGACAGUACUGAGCUAGAUGGACCAAGGGUCUGGCUUGGAAUAAGGCAGCUUCAACCCCCAGCACCUCUAAAUAAAAUGAUUAGGUAGCAGGCCACUCUCUGCUCUGGAGCACUGCAGCUGCUGAUCAGAGGCUAUAAUAAUGGGCUAGAUGGGCAGCUAGUCUGAUGUAUUAUAAAGAAGUUCCCUGUGUUCUUAUGGAUUAAAGAUAACAGGAAGCCAUGCAAAUGCUGCUUUGGAAGUCGAUGAUGAUACUUAGAAUUUGUGUAGUGCUGUAGGGUGCCCAAAGUAUUUCACAUACAUUAUCUUGGUUAUCCCUACAACCCUGUUUAGUAGAGUCUGUAUUUUAAGUUGAUAUUAGGGCAGGAGAAAGUUCAGCAUUUUGUAAUGAGGUAUUCUUGAAAUACCGGGGGGGGGGGCGGGGCGGUCAGCAAACACUUGUUCCUAAAAAAAUAGUUGUUUUGUUUUUCAUUUUUAUUUAAAAACAUAUAUUAAGAGAAUUUCAAUUGGAAGUUUAAUAAAAAGAUAUAAUAUAGAUCACUAGCUGUAAUCAGUUUCAAUUCCAUACAUUAGUAUUUACAUAAAUACAUAAUGUUAUUAUCCUAAUACUUAAUGUUAUUGUCCUAAAAAAGAGUUGUUGUCCACAAGGAAGAAAAGAGAAGAAAUCUGUUACAAUAUUUAACAAGCAGCCUGCCUCAGCAAAGAAAGGAGAAGAUACAUAGUAUACCAUCAUGUUUUAACCAAAGCAAUGAAUUGGGGAGAGAUACACUAAUGCUUAUGGUCAUGCCCCCCCACUUUUUUUGCAAGGAUAUAUUUUGGAUCAAGUUUUUGCAAGCUUGUGUUUUGGAUCACAUUCUUAAGACCAUUGCCUAACAGUCCCUGAAGCUGUUGGCAAACUCUGAGAAUGUAGCUGUUAAUUAUACUGUUUCAGUCCUAGUUUGCUCAGCACUUGAUUACAGGACAGAUGUGUGUCCAGGCCACAACAUGCUUCUUUAUGUCCCAAACAGUCAAAUUCUUUAGGUCAAAUGUUACUAUCUGAAUAUUCAAAUGGCUCUGUUGUUUUAAAUUUUCUGCUAACUCCAGUGAUUUUAAAUUCCUCUUCUAAGUAGCUUCCAGCGAUGGCUUUGGAUUUUUCUAAGUGGUUUACUGUAGUAUCAAAACCAUCUAGACUAGUUCCACAGUCAUAAAUUUAUAGCCGUUUUUUCAAAUGUCAUUUCUUUUGAUAAUAUGCCAUUCUAAUCAGUGGAGCUCAGAAUUGUGAUCCCAUAUUGCAAAUGGGGGAGGUGUGGUGUGGUUUGGGACUAAGAGGGUGUGGCUCACCUAAGGCCACCUAACAGAUUUAUGGCAGAGGUGAGAUUUGAACUAGGGUCACAAUACUGCCUUAGGUCUUACUCUGGCCAAAUGGCAUGUGGAGUGGCUCACUCAGCCCCUGCAAGUGAUAACCCUCUGGUGAACUGCAGAAUAUGGAGAUUUCUGCAAAGGCCUGUGUCUUAAGCUUCUGUGAAUGACAACUAUGCCCUCCGUGUCUCUCUGCUUCCGACAGCGAUGUGUACAAGACAAAGAAGCAGCUGGCCAACUUCCAGGAGAUGCUGGAGAACAUCUUCUUGCCCCUCUUCGAAGCUACGAUCCACCCUGCCAGCCACCCGGAGCUGCACCUCUUCUUGGAGCACGUAAGUUCUGCCACCAAAAAAAGGCUGGCUGAUCUGGUGUGGCUUCCUAAGGGGAAGACUGGCGAGGUCUCUAGAUUUGGAACAGGCUAAAGGGAUAGCUAUAUACCUUUGGAUUAUGUUUUUAUAUGUGGGGCUUGGGCACUCAGUCUUGGGGGACUGACUUUGGCUUGGUUGGAAAUGGCUUUACGCCAGAUCUUAAGCCAUUUGAACCUUCAGUCUUAGCAUUUCGGUCUUAGCUAUGAAACAGACUUGCCUCUGCUUUCUCAGAGAAGGCUCUUGAGGAUGAGCAUCUCCUUAAGCACCUGUAUAGCAGGUUUUCUGCAUGGAGCGAGAGGAUUCAGAAAAAUCCUUAGUUUUCUGCAUGGAGCAGAAAAUCCUUAGAUAAGUGGGACCAUCUCAUCCUCACUCUCUGUCUCUCUCUCUCCUUCCUUUCCCUCGGCUUCUUGAUGGGCAGGUGGAUGGAUUUGACAGCGUGGAUGACGAAUCAAAGCCAGAGCACCACAUCUUCAACUUAGACAGCCCCUUGCCUGGGAACUGGGUGGAGGAGGACAACCCACCCUAUUCCUACUACCUUUACUACACAUAUGCUAACAUGGUGGUUCUGAAUCACCUGCGCAGGUAGGAGGCUCUCUUCUUCCCUCCCCCCCACCCCGCAGUAUACAUGGAUGAGACUCCAGAAUGCUAGCUCCACAGGCAAAAGUGGGGAACCUUUACAGCCCAAGGGCCACAUUCCCUUUGGACAGCCACGUGUCUGUGGUGGGUGAGGCCAGAGGCAAAAGCGGGUUUUGCCUUUGUACAGUAGACUGGUUUCUGCCCCUGCAUGCCCGUCUCUGUUCUCCAUCCAGAGAAGCAUCCAUUCCUGCCUACGUCAAAGAGGCAGUGUGACCUGAGCAGAGCCCCCAGAGCCGGACAGAGAGGUCUAGAGGCCUGAGGUUCCCCAGUCCUGUUCCUUUAAGGCUCUUUGCGCAACCUCCUGAGCCAAGUCUCCUUGGGUGCCUGCUGACUGAGCACGCAGCACUGUGCCCUAUUAGAUAAGCAGGUUCACAGAGCCCUUGGAGGUGGCUGCUGGGUUUUGUGUUAGCUUCACACCUUCGAUGUUGUUGCUUGGAUCCCAGUUCCCAUUCCACUUCUCAUUCUAACGGCUCAUCGCCUACUCCUCCUACAGAAAGACACUGCUGCCAGUAAUGGAUGAAAUUCAAAGACUAUUUAGUUAAAUAUGCUAAGAUAACUUAAUUGGAAAAACUUGCAAAUACCAGAUAGGCCUAGGAUUGAAAUAUGUGAUGUUAGAGAAUAAUAUAGAAUCAUAGAAUCAUAGAGUUGGAAGAGACCACAAGGGCCAUCGAGUCCAACCCCCUGCCAAGCAGGAAACACCAUCAGAGCACUCCUGACAUAUGGUCGUCAAGCCUCUGCUUAAAGACCUCCAAAGAAGGAGACUCCACCACACUCCUUGGCAGCAAAUUCCACUGUCGAACAGCUCUUACUGUCAGGAAGUUCUUCCUAAUGUUUAGGUGGAAUCUUCUUUCUUGUAGUUUGGAUCCAUUGCUCCGUGUCCGCUUCUCCGGAGCAGCAGAAAACAACCUUUCUCCCUCCUUAAAGUUAAAAUGAAAAGAAAGAAAGAUGUUAAGUGAUUAAGUUAAUUUUAUGAGAAAAUUGGUUUUGGAAAACUGUUACAAUGAAAAACACUGAAAUUCAGCUAGGGGGAUUUGAGAAAGUCACUUAACAAUGUUACUGAGAUUGGAUUAAGUACAGUUAAGGUGUUUGUUUGUUUGUUUGUUUGUUUGUUUGUUUAAAAAUCUUGGAAAAUCAAUUUAAAAAAUUUGGAUAAAAAAUAAAAGAAAGACACUGCUGCCAGUUAGCUACCAAGUUCAAGAUGCCGGUCUUGGUGCAUAAAGCCCUUUACAGCUUGGGAGCAGGAUACCUGAAAGAUCGCCUCAACCCUUAUAUACCCAGUCAAUCAAUUUGUUCUGCAGCUGAGGGCCUUCUGCAAGAUGCCAUUUUAUCAGGAAGUCCGCUCAAUAUAGGAAUCGGAACUUUCGUGUUGUUGCACCUACACUUUGGAAUUCCCUCCCCAUGUACACUGAACAGGUUCCAUUUCCGUUGUCUUUUUAGGCAUCUAUUGAAGACCAUCCUCCUUCAAAAAGCCUUUUAAGCUGAGAUUGGUCCUAACCUGCAUCUGUGUUAGAAUAGUUUUGAAGAUGCUUUUAUUGUUUUAUCACUUGUUGUUUGUCACCCUGGGCUCCCUGGGGAGGAUAUAAAUGUAAUAAAUAGGCAGAUAAAAUGAAGGCACUAUACAGUGACACUGAACUGUGUGUUUUGCCGCUGGUUCUCUAGGAAGAGAGGCUUUCACACCUUCGUGCUGCGCCCCCACUGUGGAGAGGCAGGGCCCAUCCACCAUCUGGUAUCUGGUUUCAUGCUGUCUGAGAACAUAUCACAUGGCCUCCUGCUCCGCAAGGUGAGAGUAAGAAGGGGAGGGGGGCACACCUGGAAAACGAGAGCGUGUGUGCCCAUGUGCAAACUCGGUGGCAGAGCACAUGCAGAAGCUUCCAGGUUCAGUUCCUGGCAUCUCAUGAGCCUUCUGCACUUGUUGAAGGAGGCACAUCCUGGGUAUUGCUGCUCUUCACUUCUGAGCCAAGGAUUUGACGAAGCUCAACACUCCCCAGAUGUGCUGCCCAGCUCCUAAACCUGCAUUUCUUCCAUAGGCACCUGUGCUGCAGUACCUCUACUACCUGGCCCAGAUUGGCAUUGCCAUGUCCCCACUCAGCAAUAACAGCCUCUUCUUAAGCUACCAUCGAAACCCUCUGCCAGAGUACCUCUCUCGGGGCCUCAUGGUCUCCCUGUCCACAGAUGACCCACUGCAGUUCCACUUCACUAAGGUGAGUGCGAUGUCGCGGAGGCCAAGUGAGGCCAUGACCCUGUGGCAGAUGGCAUCCAUUUACCUGUCUCGUGUAACUUCUGACCUUGCAAAAAAAAAAAACCCACAAAAAACCACUACCCACUCCAAGCAAAAUGCUUUUUUGACAAGCCUUUCCUUCUUGUAAAGUUUGUAUGAAUCUGUAUUCCACUGGUUCUUUUCAAAGAAUUCUAGAGUUGGAAGGUACCCCCAGUCCAACCCCCUUCAAUGCAGAAAUCACAAUGAAAGCAUCCCUGACAGAUGGCCAUCCAAUUUCUGCUUUAAAGCCUCUGUUAAAGGAGAGAGUGCCACCUUCCAGGGCAGUGUGCUCUACUGUCGAACAGCAAUUAGUGUCAGAAUGUCCUUCCUAAUUGGAAUCUCCUUUCUUGUACCUUUAAUCCAUUGGUUGGGUUCUUUCCAUUCCACUAAGCUUCUGUUAUUCCCACUAUAGCAAUCUUCUCCUUUUAGCGGCAAGCAUUCCAGUUCCUUCCCCCACCGCAACCCCCAACUUGGCUUGGAAGCUCUCACAGUAUUAUCACAUUUCUUCCGUUUCCCCCUGAGGUCCUUUGGCUGCUUCUCCCAUCCUGCUCUGUUCUUGUUGCCUAAUUCUACUAACUUGGAUGCUCAGAAACAUUUUCACCCUCACCCUGAAGCAGAUGCUUCCCAGCUCCUGUUGGCUUUUCCCUAGGAGCGUCAGUUUAAAAUCUGCUUGGAAUGUUUCUGAUAAGUUACAUCUUAGUUCACAUAGAGCCUAGGCCUUUUUGCAGAGGUCUGGCAUGCCCCAAGACAUUCCCUAGUGCCUAAGAAGUGCCAAAGCUCUUCUCCAAAUACCUCAUCCAUGCACUGAAUCUCCUACACCCCCCUGCCAGCUCGCCUACAUAUGGAAUGGGUAGCAUUUCAGAGCAAGCUACCUUGGAGAAGCCCUACAUUUCACCUUCCUACCUAGCCAGAUGAAUUGAUAGCAGUCAGUUAAAUGUCUUUUCUGCAUGACAGACGCUUAUAGAACUUGGAUCUGAGGGCUGGGACCUUGUGGAAGACUUCAGAAGUAACUUUAGCAACUGUUCUUGGCUGGAGGGGGGGCGGGAAUCAUAUUCUGUCUCCAUUUUGGUCAUAUAUGUACAUUUCUUGGGUUCCACUUUGUAGGCAGAUUUUCCUUUUAAUUCCUUUUCUGCUUGCGCAAGCACAGAGUAAGUUCCUCUCAACAAGUCAGCACAAAUGCUGCCACCUAGUGACUGUUCAGUUGUCUGGACAGAUGCCUGUCCACUACAGCUGUCAGAGCAAGAAUGUAGUAGUCAGCCUGUAGUGUUGAGCUUGAUUCAGCCUGGAGGGAUAGUAGCGGAAGGCCAGGCCAGGGUUACAACUGAACUUUAUUUGCAGGAGAUGUUGCUUCAGCUGUCUGCAUCUUUUCAGCUAUAUUCGCCGCAUGCCGUUGUCCUAAUUUUCCUAGUACAUGCUGUUCUCCUAAUUGUCUAGUGCAGAGAAAUUGUGGUAGGGUAGCCAGAAUAUGCCCCAUGAUCUCAUAAAUAUCACACUCCUACCCAUCCGAUCCAGUGUGCACCAGAAUCUCCAAACCCAGCUCAGUGGCAUGUCUUAAUGCUCUUUAUAUACAAACAGAGGGUGCAAGUAGGUUACUUUAGACUCUGGAGUUUAUGUGGAGGUGCCCUUUUUUGAAGACAAUGUGUAUAACUUCGCUGCUUUCAAAAUGUGGUCAGACAGCCCUGCUUCAUUGGGAGACCCUCCUGCUUGUUCUUCUGAGUGGGACCCUAGACACCUGAUGGGGCCACUGUAUGUUCUCAUCUGCAAUAUAGUCCAUGAUGCAGCCUGACUGACAAAACCAUCUCUUACAGGAACCCCUGAUGGAAGAGUACAGCAUCGCCACACAGGUUUGGAAGCUCAGCUCCUGUGAUAUGUGUGAACUUGCACGCAACAGUGUGCUCAUGAGUGGCUUCUCCCACAAGGUAACGCUACAUCUUUUUUCCCCCUGAAAAGAGGUUGCCUUUGUUCCCUAAACUCUCAGAGAAUACAGUACACAAGAAUACCCCAGCAACUCCCUUCUGUAUCGGUUCAUGGCCGGAUGUCUCCAGCUUUGGAAAUUUAAGAUCAGUUUAGAACUGCCUCCUGCCCAGCUGUGCCUUUACACAAACAUGAACAUGCUCCAGCUGAAGAUCUUUGUAUUUGUCAUGUGACAACUGGGCUCUGUGAAAGGCAGUGGCUGGGAUCAGGCCCAGAGGGUCUCUUCUCAGCCCAAUUCCUUCCACUCUGUGGCCUUUUCUGCAGCAUGACCGCUUCUGAAAGGGGAGAAAUUGAGCUCAGAAGGAGUUGUGUCAUGAGGUGAAUAUUCUGUAACCUCCCUGCUCCUCUCCGGACUUUGUGACCCUUUAAGUUUAAGUAAUGAAGGAUCUGUCCUCCUGGUUGUCAAUAAGACCCUGGUGGAUGGGAGAGGGAAUUGAUUUUGGAUAAUGCUGUCCCUGUGGCCUCUUGAGCUCAAUUUCUCCCAACUCAAUACCACUGCAGUCCUUUUAUGUGAAAGAAGUCCCCCUCCUUACCAAAAGGAUUCUUCUUCCAGUCCAGGCCAGCUGAGAGCCGCUCACAUUUUCUGCCCCUGUGGGAUUUGAAAAGGCAGGAAUCAAAGAGUGGUUCUAAUCUGUCUCCUCCUCUGCCCUUGUUAGGUUUUGAGAUGUCUUCACAAAGAUAUCCUACUUUUGCAAUAUAAGGAAUUGUUUCACCCUGGAGUGUUCCUGUUCAGGAUUCCUGCCAUUUUCAAGGGUGCUCCAUUCCAUCCAUCCCCCCCCCGAUUUUCAAGUUCUACCCAUCCACCCAGUAGUCAGUCGCUAUUCUGUGCUCAUUGAGCAUGUUCAGUCCUUAAUCAGCUGUUUUUAUUCUUGCAUUACCCAUUCGGGUUUGUACUUCUCCAAAACAUUGACAUUUCACCCCCAGGUCUGCUGAUAACCUGUCUUUGGUAUGUGGAAGGUGCCAUUUUGGCCUCAUAAGGAAUGGCACUCAGAGGACAAGUUCUCUCUUAGGGUAUAGAGAACCAUAAAUGUAGCUGCCUUUCUUUUCUUUUGCAAAAGUUGCAUUUUAGCCUUGAUGAGAAACUAUAGAGAUGUAGCCCAUUAUCCUAGCAGCCUAGAAGUAGGCUCAGUUUUGUUGCCAGCUCUUUACAGCUUCCACAGGGCUUUGUUUUCUAAGGUUUCUUUUCUUAAAGAUUUCUUAAAGACAGACAAAGGUAUUCUGGGAUUUUAUGCUUAGUGCUAGCCUUGAUUAAAGUGCUCAUGGGUUACCAUGCAGUUGAAUGGCACAGUGGAAAAGCAUAAGUUGUCACUUGUCCUAACAAUGGAUGGGUCUCUUUCUUCUUUGCCCAGGUGAAGAGCCAGUGGCUUGGGCACAACUACCACAAGGAGGGUCCUGAGGGCAACGACAUCCGGCGCACCAACGUGCCAGACAUCCGGGUGGCCUAUCGCUAUGAGACACUUUCCCAGGAACUGACCCUCAUCACGCAGGCUGUGCAGACGGAGGAACUGGAGACCAUCCAGGAGGAAGACCUUCUGACUAUGAGCUCCAGCCUGGAUGCUCGCUGAAGAAUGGCCGGCUCACAAUCUCCCCUCCAUCCCCUUCUUGGCCUGCCAAGGUGGGGCUGUCCUACAAGCAUGAAGAGACCCUGACCAACCCACCCACCUCACCCCGGCCCCACGGACCGUUUUAAUUUCCUGUUGUGUUUUUGUUUUUAAGCAUCUUGUUAUCUUCUGUUAUCUCCUGGGAAGGCAUUAAUGGGUUGGGGGUUUUUUUGCGCUUGGUAACCUGCUGGGGCAAUGGAGGCGGGGGUGUCAGAGAAAUUCCUUUUGGGGGUCUCUAGAAUGAGUUCUAGAAAGGGGGAAGAACAUCCUGCAGAUGUUGGCAGUGCUGUUUUUGAGCAGAGGCUGGACAGCAAAGAGUAAGGCUGUGGCAGAGACCUGCUGAGUGAACCUUAGAGGCGCCUGGCAACAGUUGCAUGGAGGCCAAAUGAAGCACCAGCAUGGAAGCAUGUGUCCCAGUUGUAUUUGGAAUGAGAUGCUGUGAGUGUUUGUGUGGCUCUGCCAAGGGAUAGAGCAGAGUGGUGGUGCCUUCUGCUACGUUGGAUUUUUGUUUGUCCUCUGUUUGGCUGCUGGCAGCUGGAGUUUCUGAUUGGCCAAUAAAGCAUCCUCUCUAUCUCUAUUUCUCUUUGGUUAGGCAGCCCUGCCUUUUAUUAUCAGAGCAGCAUGUUGGCGCAGCUCUCCCAUGCUGCAGCCUCCAGUGCACAGCGUGGCAACGUGGUGAGAGUCUUUUCUGUCUCAAGCCCUUAAACUCUGGUGUCUUUUGCUUGGGGAAAGCGCCAGUUCUCAACGCCCCUGCCUUGGGAGGCAAACUACUGUGAGUGGCUGGGGAAUAGUGGGCCUUCGAGUCUAGCCCAGCAGGAUAAAGAGAAAGUAGCCUGCCAGGUAACUGGCAUAUUUAGCAUUUGUCUGUCCCUCUCUACAAUCAUGUAUCAAAGAGGUCUUUAUCUAAGUGUAACAAGAGGAACACCCAUCCUGGCAGGAGCUUUUGCCUUAAGGUUGAAAUGGAUGUGACAUGGGCGUUCUGUGAUCAGCCAUCUUGAGUAUUCCUUUAUUUAUGUCCUUUUGAAACAAAAAAACACCUUAAACAUCUGUUUUUGGUUGGAUCAGUGUCACUGAGAGUGCAUGUGUUAAUCCAUUUAUCUGAUCUAAACUGGUGCCCUCCCCUCACCCCACAAGCCACCCUUAGCCCAGGAGCAGGGCAAAAAACAAUAUCUGCAUCAUAUUUAUAUUAUUUUCUUGGAACAUUUCUGCUGUUUGGGGAGUAGAUCAGCAAAAUGGUGCCCACUUCAGUAUUGCUGUUUGUUCCAAACAAAAUCUGACUCCUCCCUGGAGCUGCUCUAGAAUAGCAUUGUUGUUUUUAAACCCCACCCUGUUGGGUCAAAGAGCGGUUUCUUGUCAAUUGCUUGAGCUUGGGGAGAGCCGUUAGCUCUCAGUAUGCCUUGCCACGCUUGGGCAUAGACCACGUGGGCAACCUCCUUUGUCCUUUGCAUUGGGUUGAGAACAGCCUCUUGUGUCUGCCCUUGCAUAAUGCAUAUGUACGUCAAGAUCUUCUUUCUACAUUUGGCAAGUAAAUGUGCCAUAGAAAUAGUUUAGCUUUCUCACCAGCAAAGUUGCUGCUGUUCUGGGAACUGACUUUGAUGCCUCCUGCUUAUUGCGAAUGGGUAAUGAAUCUCAAGGAGGCAACAGGCAGUAACUUAUACUUCCUGCUGAAGCCAUGUGACUCAAAAUGGAAACGCGCAGAAGAACAUGGAUCCGUGCCUUUCCCAGCUCUCCAUUUUGAGUCCCGCCCUGUGAAAGGUUCAUAACGGUUAGAAGGCUCUCCUCCACAGAUCUCUGGCCAAGCUGUUCACCAUCACAUAGCUUGUGAAGCUUGGUUGUGGGCAGCUCACCAUCCUUGACAUAUUGGGCCUCUGUGGCCCCCUUAGCAGUCUGUGUGCAACUAGUCGCAGUAAGGAAUUCCUCGUGAGCACAGCCGCUUGGAGUAGAAGACCAGUCUCAGACAGUGCUCACUCCUUUCAGACUCUCGGGCAAAGUCUACAUUGCUCACGAACAAAGGCUUCUCGGUGGUGAGUCGAUUGCACGGUGCCACCUCUCCCUUGCUGUUGCCAAGGCACUUUUGACCUUGUAGUUGCAAGCAGCUUUGAUUCAAUGGAAAAAUGCGUUUGCUAAACAUUAGAUGGGCAGCAGCAAUAGAAAUGGGGUUUUUAUUUUUUCUAAGGUUGGGCAGGGAGCUUGCGGAGCCCUCCCUCUAGGCUGCUGUGGACCAAAAUCUGAAGAUCCAUACUGCAGCCAGUGCCUUGCUUAAAGUAGUACAUGGAGUGUGCCAAGACUGGGUAGAUUUCCCCUUGAGCUUCUACCUCUGAAACAGGCACUUGCUCUCCUUUGUGUCCGUGUGUGUACAAGAGGGACAGGGAGAAUUCUUAAAGGGUCAAAAUGUUUUCUUUGUAUGACUGGCAUCUCACCUCCAUGGCCUGAAAGGGGGAAACCUUUUUUUCUUUCCUCCCCUACCUCUGUGCUUUUGUUUGGGUACUCUGAGAGGGCAGUGGAGGUGUUUUGCCUUGGUUUCAGCUAGCCUUGCGGAUCGGAGCCACAGCAUUUUGGUCUGUAUCUUUGUGAAGAUAACGGAAUCUCGACUCAGGGAGUUGAAUGUACCUUGGUCUAUGUCAAGAGGGUUCUCCCCUCCCCACAGAUCCCUCCCUCCUUCCUUCCUUCCUUGCCGCAACCUGCCUUGCUUCUCUUUGGUAUCUGGUGCGGCACACACCAUGUUAGUUUUUGCUUUGUUGUCAGAUGGAGAUGAAACCCGUAUCCCCCUGGCAAUCACUGCAUCCUCCUAUCACACUCUUGAUAAUUUUGACGUAGUUUGGAUGAACUAUCUGCUUGUCUGUGCUGAAAUGUGAUGUUAAAAAUCCUAUCAAACAUGAGCAUGAUCCAUCAUUAAAGAUUAUUUAAGUAAG